AUGCAGUUAUUAAUCGGUUUUUGGAUAACUCUCGCAUUUGUUAUUUAUAUUUUCGCAGGACAUAUCUAUAAUCCAACACGAAUACUUCGCGUAAAGGAUCCAGAUUCCAAUCUGAACUUUGCCUUCUUUUUAUAUUUAUUAAAGCCAUUGGCUUCGCACGAUGCAUGUUAUGCUUAUUAUGAUAAUCCCAUGUCAACCAAUCGAUAUAGAAAAAUUACCGAAGUAUCAUUUAAUAAUAAAUACAAUCAAACAUGCCGUCUACACUACAAUCCCCACUAUAAAUUCAUCAAGUCAAAGAUUACUUCAGAGACCACAAAUAAAAGUAACUAUCGGACGCACUUCUUAAAUACGAUUCUUAGCUGGCGGAAUGCAGUCUUCAACAUUUUCCCAGCUUGGAACUAUCACUUCUUUUGGGUGCAAAUUCCCGAAAUAGAAAUUCAAAAAUUGAGCAGUACAAAAAGGAGGAUUGUUGCUAACAAAUUAUGGAAAUCAAAGGAGCUGAAAAUAGGACUUCGUCUACACUCAAAAAUACUACGGUUUUUUUUAUUGAUUCUAAGACGAAGGAUUUCAUUAUUAAACACGCCUCGAGGACUCCAGAAAAAAAGAAUGGAAAAGGCUGAAUUUUUCGAAUAUUUGUCGGCAACCGAAACACCCGAACUAUUUGAUAAUUUAGAGCAUUUAGAAAAUAACAGAAAACUAAAUUUAGCUUCACAAGAAAUAUUGGAACUGCAUAAUCAAACUAAUUUUAAAGAUAAACAACAUAUAUAUAAAUGGAAAAACUUAACAAGGUCCAUAAGCAAAGAUGAUAAUAUUGUUGCAAAAGUAAACAUGAGCGAUUACCAAUCAAAAAAUACAAAAUCGAUUAACCCCAUUGAGGAUAUUUUACCUUCACCAUCUACAAAAACGUAUAAUUUAGGAAGAUUUGCAAGAAACCAAGGAUUGUUACAAAUGGAAACGACUCCAAUAAUCAGUGCAAAAAUAAAUGUUUCAAGUUCGGACUCGGACUCAACAUCAGAUUGUGAAUUAUGCUCUGAGUCAUUAGAUGAAACAACAAAUCUUUUCGAUUCUGCCGAAACCUGCGAGGAAUGCGCUUCACUAAGCUCAAAUAUUUUUGAUGAGCCUACUCCAACGAUAAGCGAUUCAUCGUCCACUGAAAGUAAUGAUGAAUUUCUACAGAAUUUUUCAUAUAAUAUUACGGAGCAUGCAACUUCGAUCGUUACAACAAGAAAUCCGGAGCUAAUGAGUGAUGGUAUAAAAUAUCCCAUAAGUAAAUAUAUCACAACAACAAUCGAUUCGACAAUUUUAGAAAGAACGAUAAUCAUAUUUGGCUACUUUACAGAAAUAAUAACAAUGAUUAUAUUUGAAUUUGAAACAAUAACUUUCAGCGACGAUACUGAACCAAACUCAGAUAUAACUGGAUAUACAUCAACCGAAUGCAUAAAAUGUUCAGAGCUAACAACCACUGUACCUAUUGAAACCACUAUUGAACGAACGAAAUUAUCAGAAACUCCACUUCAAUUGAAUCAAAUGUCUGAUCAAUUUACUGCAGAUAAAUCAACAAAUCGUUUGGCAUCUCCACUCCAGUUAAAUGCAGAAACAGACAGUUCUAUGGAAGUUUUGAAUACGAAAAUCGAUCAAUUUGAUGCGAAAGAAGAAUCGAAAAUUUCGGAAUUUCUACCAGAAAACCAGCCAAGUACGAACAACGUACAAUUGACACGCACAGAAACAACGAAACUAUCACAAUCCAUAAACCACAUCAAAAACCAAAAAAUCAAAAUAGGACAAAAUGCAGAGGCAUCAUACCACUUUAAUAUACUGCCAGGUGCUCUACACACUAUUUCGACCACAGAAAUAAAGAAGCAGUCAGAAAUUUUACCUCUGCUAAGUACAAAAUCAAUUGGUCUUAAUAUGUGCGAUUGCACUUGCAAAUUGGAAAUAGCCAAAGAUUCGUGUUUAUGCGAAUGCAACCUUAAAGAAAGCACUUCAGAUAUCUCCGAAGGUGUAACGGCAAGUGCAUCUAAACAGUCAUUACCCACAGAAACAAAUCGAAAACUCAACAGCAUGAAAGAUUAUGCCCCAAAUGGUACUUCUUUACUAACCAAGGCUAGUCCAAAACCUUUCAGUAUUGAAGAUGUCUCAACUAAAGGAAAUGUUGCUGGUAAGAAAACCACAAUGCCAUCGGAGCUUUCAUCCUUGGUCAAGAUAGAGCCGGUAAAAAGCAGUAAACAAUCAACACAUGAUGUUUGCGAAUGCACUUGCCUAUUAGAACAUGGAAAUGACUCGUGUAUCUGCAACUGUAUGACAGAUUUUAAUUCAACAUCAAUACAAAUUUCGAGUACAGGAUCAGAUCAAACAUCCCAAAACAAAAUGGGAAAUCAAUCGCAAUUUGUUCCUCUAUUGUCCACAGAAUUUAGUGAUCUAAUCAAAAUUUCAACCACAGACAAAAUUCAUGAUUCUCCACUAAAAUUGAGUACAACUGCUAGUGGUCUACCAAAAAAACAGACCACUGGAAUAAGCCAUUUACCUUUUCUUAGUACAAUAUCAAAAUCAAGUUCUCAUAUCUGUGAUUGUACUUGCCAAUUGGAAUCAGAAAAAGACUCAUGUAUCUGCGAAUGCAACCUUAAAGGAAGCACUUCAGACGUCUCGGCAAGUGAAUCAAAUCGGCCAUUACUCACAGAACUCCACAGUGUGAAAGAUAAAGUCCUCACAACUAAAGGAAAUGGUGUUACUGAUAAUAAAACCACAACGCUAUCAAAGCUUUCAUCGUUAGAAAUGAUAGAUCCAAUAACGAGCAGUAAACUAUCUACAGAUAAUGUUUGCGAAUGCACUUGCCUAUUAGAACACGGAAAUGACUCGUGUAUCUGCAACUGUAUGACAGAUCCCACUUCUAUUGAUGUAUCUAUCUUAACAGCAAGCCAAAUAAAGUCAAGCGAAGAUCUUCAGCACUCCUCAAAUCUACCUUCAUAUAAAAGUACACAAGAAAAUACAAAUACCAAAGGAAAAGAUAAAAAUCUGUCAGCAUCAUUACAAAUUUCGAGUACAUUACCGUAUCAAAUAUCCCAAAGCGAAAUUGGAAAUCAAUCGCAAUAUGUUCCUGCUUCGAGCACACUAUUCAGUGAUCUUAGCAAAAUUUCAAACACAGACAAAGAUCAGCCAACAAAGAAUAUAUUUUCGAGUCAAAGUGUAAAUGAAGACAAAACUGCUAAAGAGGAUACAAGCACAAUGUCAAUUUCAAUCCCCGAAUCAAGUACAACAGCAAUCAGUUUACUUACAGUUUCAAGUGCAGAAUAUCAAACAAAGCAAGAGGAAACAUCGGAACUUUCAAAAUCUUUACCUCAAUUUAAAACAGAAGAAAGCAGUUCAUUUCAAGAAUUCAGUUCGGAUGAAAAACAAAUGACAGAAGUGCCAUGGACACUAUCAACAUCACUUUUUCAAUUAAGUUCAAACACGAAUAAUAUAUUUUCGAGUCCGAGUGAAAAUAAAGCCAAAACAUCUCAAGAAGAUACAAGAACACUAUCAACUUCUCUCCCACAAUCAAGUACAACAGCAAAUAGUUUACUUACACUUUCAAGUGCAGAAGAGCAUACAAUUCAAGAAGAGACAUCAGAACUUUCAAAAGCUCUACCUCAAUCUACAAGAGGAGAAAUAAGUUCAUUUCAAGAACACACAACAGAAGAAAGCAGUUCAUUUCAAGAAUCCAGUGCAGAAGAAAAUCAAAUGACAGAAGUGCCUUGGACACAAUCAAGUUCAAGAACAAAGAGUCAGAGUGUAAAUGAAGACAAAACAUCUCAAGAAGAUACAAGGACGGUAUCGAUUUCUCAAUCAAGAACAACAACAAAUAGUUUACUUACAGAUUUGACUGCAGAAGAUCAAACAAAGCUAGAGAAGACAUCGGAACUUUCAAAAUCUUUACCUCAACUUAAAACAGAAGAAAGCAGUUCAUUUCAAGAAUCCAGUUCGGAAGAAAUUCAAAUAACAGAAGUGCCAUGGACACUAUCAACAUCACUUUUUCAAUCAAGUUCAAACACGAAUAAUAUAUUUUCGAGUCCAAGUGUAAAUGAAGCCAAAACGUCUCAAGAAGACACAAGGACACUAUCAACUUCUUUCCCACAAUCAAGUACAGCAGCACAUAGUUUACUUACAUAUUCGAGUGCAGAAGAGCAAACAAUUCGGGAGGAAACAUCGGAACUUUUAAAAUCUUUACCUCAAUUAACAACAGAAGAAAGCAGUUCAUUUCAAGAAUCCAGUGCAGAAGAAAAUCAAAUGACAGAAGUGCCUUGGACACAAUCAAAUUCAAGAACAAAGAGUCAGAGUGUAAAUGAAGACAAAACAUCUCAAGAAGAUACAAGGACGGUAUCGAUUUCUCAAUCAAGAACAACAACAAAUAGUUUACUUACAGAUUUCAGUGCAGAAGAUCAAACAAAGAAAGAGGAAACAUCGGAACUUGCAAAAUCUUUACCUCAACUUAAAACAGAAGAAAGCAGUUCAUUUCAAGAAUCCAGUUCGGAAGAAAUUCAAAUAACAGAAGUGCCAUGGACACUAUCAACAUCACUUUUUCAAUCAAGUUCAAACACGAAUAAUAUAUUUUCGAGUCCAAGUGUAAAUGAAGCCAAAACAUCUCAAGAAGACACAAAGACACUAUCAACUUCCUUCCCACAAUCAAGUACAGCAGCACAUAGUUUACUUACAUAUUCGAGUGCAGAAGAGCAAACAAUUCGAGAGGAAACAUCGGAACUUUUAAAAUCUUUACCUCAAUUAACAACAGAAGAAAGCAGUUCAUUCCAAGAAUCCAGUGCGGAAGAAAAUCCAAUUACAGAAGUACCAUGGACACUAUCAACAUCACUUUCCCAAUCAAGUUCAAAAACAAAAAAUAUAUUUUCGAGUCAGUCAGUAAAUGAAGACAACAUUUCUCAAGAAGAUACAAGGACACUAUCAACUUCUUUCCCACAAUCAAGUACAACAGCAAAUAGUUUACUUACAGUUUCAAGUGCAGAAGAGCAUACACUUCGAGAAGAGAUAUCAGAACUUUCAAAAGCUCUACCUCAAUCUACAAGAGGAGAAAUAAGUUCAUUUCAAGAACACACAACAGAAGAAAGCAGUUCAUUUCAAGAAUCCAGUGCAGAAGAAAAUCAAAUGACAGAAGUGACAUGGACACAAUCAAGUUCAAGAACAAAGAGUCAGGGUGUAAAUGAAGACAAAACAUCUCAAGAAGAUACAAGGACGGUAUCAAUUUCUCAAUCAAGAACAACGACAAAUAGUUUACUUACAGAUUUGACUGCAGAAGAUCAAACAAAGCUAGAGAAAACAUCGGAACUUUCAAAAUCUUUACCUCAACUUAAAACAGAAGAAAGCAGUUCAUUUCAAGAAUCCAGUUCGGAAGAAAUUCAAAUAACAGAAGUGACAUGGACACUAUCAACAUCACUUUUUCAAUCAAGUUCAAACACGAAUAAUAUAUUUUCGAGUCCGAGUGUAAAUGAAGCCAAAACAUCUCAAGAAGACACAAGGACACUAUCAACUUCUUUCCCACAAUCAAGUACAACAGCAAAUAGUUUACUUACAGUUUCAAGUGCAGAAGAGCAGACACUUCGAGAAGAGAUAUCAGAACUUUCAAAAGCUCUACCUCAAUCUACAAGAGGAGAAAUAAGUUCAUUUCAAGAACACACAACAGAAGAAAGCAGUUCAUUUCAAGAAUCCAGUGCAGAAGAAAAUCAAAUGACAGAAGUGCCUUGGACACAAUCAAGUUCAAGAACAAAGAGUCAGAGUGUAAAUGAAGACAAAACAUCUCAAGAAGAUACAAAGACGGUAUCGAUUUCUCAAUCAAGAACAACAACAAAUAGUUUACUUACAUAUUCGAGUGCAGAAGAGCAAACAAUUCGAGAGGAAACAUCGGAACUUUUAAAAUCUUUACCUCAAUUAACAACAGAAGAAAGCAGUUCAUUCCAAGAAUCCAGUGCGGAAGAAAAUCCAAUUACAGAAGUACCAUGGACACUAUCAACAUCACUUUCCCAAUCAAGUUCAAAAACAAAAAAUAUAUUUUCGAGUCAGUCAGUAAAUGAAGACAACAUUUCUCAAGACGAUACAAGGACACUAUCAACUUCUUUCCCACAAUCAAGUACAACAGCAAAUAGUUUACUUACAGUUUCAAGUGCAGAAGAGCAUACACUUCGUGAAGAGAUAUCAGAACUUUCAAAAGCUCUACCUCAAUUUACAAGAGGAGAAAUAAGUUCAUUUCAAGAACACACAACAGAAGAAAGCAGUUCAUUUCAAGAAUCCAGUGCAAAAGAAAAUCAAAUGACAGAAGUGACAUGGACACAAUCAAGUUCAAGAACAAAGAGUCAGAGUCAGAGUGUAAAUGAAGACAAAACAUCUCAAGAAGAUACAAGGACGGUAUCAAUUUCUCAAUCAAGAACAACGACAAAUAGUUUACUUACAGAUUUGACUGCAGAAGAUCAAACAAAGCUAGAGAAAACAUCGGAACUUUCAAAAUCUUUACCUCAACUUAAAACAGAAGAAAGCAGUUCAUUUCAAGAAUCCAGUUCGGAAGAAAUUCAAAUAACAGAAGUGCCAUGGACACUAUCAACAUCACUUUUUCAAUCAAGUUCAAACACGAAUAAUAUAUUUUGGAGUCCAAGUGUAAAUGAAGCCAAAACAUCUCAAGAAGACACAAAGACACUAUCAACUUCCUUCCCACAAUCAAGUACAGCAGCACAUAGUUUACUUACAUAUUCGAGUGCAGAAGAGCAAACAAUUCGAGAGGAAACAUCGGAACUUUUAAAAUCUUUACCUCAAUUAACAACAGAAGAAAGCAGUUCAUUCCAAGAAUCCAGUGCGGAAGAAAAUCCAAUUACAGAAGUACCAUGGACACUAUCAACAUCACUUUCCCAAUCAAGUUCAAAAACAAAAAAUAUAUUUUCGAGUCAGUCAGUAAAUGAAGACAACAUUUCUCAAGAAGAUACAAGGACACUAUCAACUUCUUUCCCACAAUCAAGUACAACAGCAAAUAGUUUACUUACAGUUUCAAGUGCAGAAGAGCAUACACUUCGAGAAGAGAUAUCAGAACUUUCAAAAGCUCUACCUCAAUCUACAAGAGGAGAAAUAAGUUCAUUUCAAGAACACACAACAGAAGAAAGCAGUUCAUUUCAAGAAUCCAGUGCAGAAGAAAAUCAAAUGACAGAAGUGACAUGGACACAAUCAAGUUCAAGAACAAAGAGUCAGAGUGUAAAUGAAGACAAAACAUCUCAAGAAGAUACAAGUACGGUAUCAAUUUCUCAUUCAAGAACAACGACAAAUAGUUUACUUACAGAUUUGACUGCAGAAGAUCAAACAAAGCUAGAGAAAACAUCGGAACUUUCAAAAUCUUUACCUCAACUUAAAACAGAAGAAAGCAGUUCAUUUCAAGAAUCCAGUUCGGAAGAAAUUCAAAUAACAGAAGUGCCAUGGACACUAUCAACAUCUCUUUUUCAAUCAAGUUCAAACACGAAUAAUAUAUUUUCGAGUCCGAGUGUAAAUGAAGCCAAAACAUCUCAAGAAGACACAAGGACACUAUCAACUUCUUUCCCACAAUCAAGUACAACAGCAAAUAGUUUACUUACAGUUUCAAGUGCAGAAGAGCAUACACUUCGAGAAGAGAUAUCAGAACUUUCAAAAGCUCUACCUCAAUCUACAAGAGGAGAAAUAAGUUCAUUUCAAGAACACACAACAGAAGAAAGCAGUUCAUUUCAAGAAUCCAGUGCAGAAGAAAAUCAAAUGACAGAAGUACCUUGGACACAAUCAAGUUCAAGAACAAAGAGUCAGAGUGUAAAUGAAGACAAAACAUCUCAAGAAGAUACAAGGACGGUAUCGAUUUCUCAAUCAAGAACAACAACAAAUAGUUUACUUACAUAUUCGAGUGCAGAAGAGCAAACAAUUCGAGAGGAAACAUCGGAACUUUUAAAAUCUUUACCUCAAUUAACAACAGAAGAAAGCAGUUCAUUCCAAGAAUCCAGUGCGGAAGAAAAUCCAAUUACAGAAGUACCAUGGACACUAUCAACAUCACUUUCCCAAUCAAGUUCAAAAACAAAAAAUAUAUUUUCGAGUCAGUCAGUAAAUGAAGACAACAUUUCUCAAGAAGAUACAAGGACACUAUCAACUUCUUUCCCACAAUCAAGUACAACAGCAAAUAGUUUACUUACAGUUUCAAGUGCAGAAGAGCAUACACUUCGAGAAGAGAUAUCAGAACUUUCAAAAGCUCUACCUCAAUCUACAAGAGGAGAAAUAAGUUCAUUUCAAGAACACACAACAGAAGAAAGCAGUUCAUUUCAAGAAUCCAGUGCAAAAGAAAAUCAAAUGACAGAAGUGACAUGGACACAAUCAAGUUCAAGAACAAAGAGUCAGAGUCAGAGUGUAAAUGAAGACAAAACAUCUCAAGAAGAUACAAGGACGGUAUCAAUUUCUCAAUCAAGAACAACGACAAAUAGUUUACUUACAGAUUUGACUGCAGAAGAUCAAACAAAGCUAGAGAAAACAUCGGAACUUUCAAAAUCUUUACCACAACUUAAAACAGAAGAAAGCAGUUCAUUUCAAGAAUCCAGUUCGGAAGAAAUUCAAAUAACAGAAGUGCCAUGGACACUAUCAACAUCUCUUUUUCAAUCAAGUUCAAACACGAAUAAUAUAUUUUCGAGUCCGAGUGUAAAUGAAGCCAAAACAUCUCAAGAAGACACAAGGACACUAUCAACUUCUUUCCCACAAUCAAGUACAAGCAAUAGUUUACUUACAGUUUCAAGUGCAGAAGAGCAUACACUUCGAGAAGAGAUAUCAGAACUUUCAAAAGCUCUACCUCAAUCUACAAGAGGAGAAAUAAGUUCAUUUCAAGAACACACAAUAGAAGAAAGUAGUUCAUUUCAAGAAUCCAGUGCAGCAGAAAAUCAAAUGACAGAAGUGCCUUGGACACAAUCAAGUUCAAGAACAAAGAGUCAGAGUGUAAAUGAAGACAAAACAUCUCAAGAAGAUACAAGGACGGUAUCGAUUUCUCAAUCAAGAACAACAACAAAUAGUUUACUUACAUAUUCGAGUGCAGAAGAGCAAACAAUUCGAGAGGAAACAUCGGAACUUUUAAAAUCUUUACCUCAAUUAACAACAGAAGAAAGCAGUUCAUUCCAAGAAUCCAGUGCGGAAGAAAAUCCAAUUACAGAAGUACCAUGGACACUAUCAACAUCACUUUCCCAAUCAAGUUCAAAAACAAAAAAUAUAUUUUCAAGUCAGUCAGUAAAUGAAGACAACAUUUCUCAAGAAGAUACAAGGACACUAUCAACUUCUUUCCCACAAUCAAGUACAACAGCAAAUAGUUUACUUACAGUUUCAAGUGCAGAAGAGCAUACACUUCGAGAAGAGAUAUCAGAACUUUCAAAAGCUCUACCUCAAUCUACAAGAGGAGAAAUAAGUUCAUUUCAAGAACACACAACAGAAGAAAGCAGUUCAUUUCAAGAAUCCAGUGCAGAAGAAAAUCAAAUGACAGAAGUGACAUGGACACAAUCAAGUUCAAGAACAAAGAGUCAGAGUGUAAAUGAAGACAAAACAUCUCAAGAAGAUACAAGGACGGUAUCGAUUUCUCAAUCAAGAACAACAACAAAUAGUUUACUUACAGAUUUGAGUGCAGAAGAUCAAACAAAGCAAGAGGAAACAUCGGAACUUGCAAAAUCUUUACCUCAACUUAAAACAGAAGAAAGCAGUUUAUUUCAAGAAUCCAGUUCGGAAGAAAUUCAAAUAACAGAAGUGCCAUGGACACUAUCAACAUCACUUUUUCAAUCAAGUUCAAACACGAAUAAUAUAUUUUGGAGUCCAAGUGUAAAUGAAGCCAAAACAUCUCAAGAAGACACAAAGACACUAUCAACUUCCUUCCCACAAUCAAGUACAGCAGCACAUAGUUUACUUACAUAUUCGAGUGCAGAAGAGCAAACAAUUCGAGAGGAAACAUCGGAACUUUUAAAAUCUUUACCUCAAUUAACAACAGAAGAAAGCAGUUCAUUCCAAGAAUCCAGUGCGGAAGAAAAUCCAAUUACAGAAGUACCAUGGACACUAUCAACAUCACUUUCCCAAUCAAGUUCAAAAACAAAAAAUAUAUUUUCGAGUCAGUCAGUAAAUGAAGACAACAUUUCUCAAGAAGAUACAAGGACACUAUCAACUUCUUUCCCACAAUCAAGUACAACAGCAAAUAGUUUACUUACAGUUUCAAGUGCAGAAGAGCAUACAUUUCGAGAAGAGAUAUCAGAACUUUCAAAAGAUCUACCUCAAUCUACAAGAGGAGAAAUAAGUUCAUUUCAAGAACACACAACAGAAGAAAGCAGUUCAUUUCAAGAAUCCAUUGCAGAAGAAAAUCAAAUGACAGAAGUGACAUGGACACAAUCAAGUUCAAGAACAAAGAGUCAGAGUGUAAAUGAAGACAAAACAUCUCAAGAAGAUACAAGGACGGUAUCGAUUUCUCAAUCAAGAACAACAACAAAUAGUUUACUUACAUAUUCGAGUGCAGAAGAGCAAACAAUUCGAGAGGAAACAUCGGAACUUUUAAAAUCUUUACCUCAAUUAACAACAGAAGAAAGCAGUUCAUUCCAAGAAUCCAGUGCGGAAGAAAAUCCAAUUACAGAAGUACCAUGGACACUAUCAACAUCACUUUCCCAAUCAAGUUCAAAAACAAAAAAUAUAUUUUCGAGUCAGUCAGUAAAUGAAGACAACAUUUCUCAAGAAGAUACAAGGACACUAUCAACUUCUUUCCCACAAUCCAGUACAAGAGCAAAUAGUUUACUUACAGUUUUAAGUGCAGAAGAGCAUACACUUCGAGAAGAGAUAUCAGAACUUUCAAAAGCUCUACCUCAAUCUACAAGAGGAGAAAUAAGUUCAUUUCAAGAACACACAACAGAAGAAAGCAGUUCAUUUCAAGAAUCCAGUGCAGAAGAAAAUCAAAUGAUAGAAGUGCCUUGGACACAAUCAAGUUCAAGAACAAAGAGUCAGAGUGUAAAUGAAGACAAAACAUCUCAAGAAGAUACAAGGACGGUCUCGAUUUCUCAAUCAAGAACAACAACAAAUAGUUUACUUACAGAUUUGAGUGCAGAAGAUCAAACAAAGCAAGAGGAAACAUCGGAACUUGCAAAAUCUUUACCUCAGCUUAAAACAGAAGAAAGCAGUUCAUUUCAAGAAUCCAGUUCGGAAGAAAUUCAAAUAACAGAAGUGCCAUGGACACUAUCAACAUCACUUUCCCAAUCAAGUUCAAAAACAAAAAAUAUAUUUUCGAGUCAGUCAGUAAAUGAAGACAACAUUUCUCAACAAGAUACAAGGACACUAUCAACUUCUUUCCCACAAUCAAGUACAACAGCAAAUAGUUUACUUACAGUUUCAAGUGCAGAAGAGCAUACACUUCGAGAAGAGAUAUCAGAACUUUCAAAAGCUCUACCUCAAUCUACAAGAGGAGAAAUAAGUUCAUUUCAAGAACACACAACAGAAGAAAGCAGUUCAUUUCAAGAAUCCAGUGCAGAAGAAAAUCAAAUGACAGAAGUGACAUGGACAAAAUCAAGUUCAAGAACAAAGAGUCAGAGUGUAAAUGAAGACAAAACAUCUCAAGAAGAUACAAGUACGGUAUCAAUUUCUCAAUCAAGAACAACGACAAAUAGUUUACUUACAGAUUUGACUGCAGAAGAUCAAACAAUGCUAGAGAAAACAUCGGAACUUUCAAAAUCUUUACCUCAACUUAAAACAGAAGAAAGCAGUUCAUUUCAAGAAUCCAGUUCGGAAGAAAUACAAAUAACAGAAGUGCCAUGGACACUAUCAACAUCACUUUUUCAAUCAAGUUCAAACACGAAUAAUAUAUUUUCGAGUCCGAGUGUAAAUGAAGCCAAAACAUCUCAAGAAGACACAAGGACACUAUCAACUUCUUUCCCACAAUCAAGUACAGCAGCACAUAGUUUACUUACAUAUUCGAGUGCAGAAGAGCAAACAAUUCGGGAGGAAACAUCGGAACUUUUAAAAUCUUUACCUCAAUUAACAACAGAAGAAAGCAGUUCAUUCCAAGAAUCCAGUGCGGAAGAAAAUCCAAUUACAGAAGUACCAUGGACACUAUCAACAUCACUUUCCCAAUCAAGUUCAAAAACAAAAAAUAUAUUUUCGAGUCAGUCAGUAAAUGAAGACAACAUUUCUCAAGAAGAUACAAGGACACUAUCAACUUCUUUCCCACAAUCAAGUACAACAGCAAAUAGUUUACUUACAGCUUUAAGUGCAGAAGAGCAUACACUUCGAGAAGAGAUAUCAGAACUUUCAAAAGCUCUACCUCAAUCUACAAGAGGAGAAAUAAGUUCAUUUCAAGAACACACAACAGAAGAAAGCAGUUCAUUUCAAGAAUCCAGUGCAGAAGAAAAUCAAAUGACAGAAGUGCCUUGGACACAAUCAAGUUCAAGAACAAAGAGUCAGAGUGUAAAUGAAGACAAAACAUCUCAAGAAAAUACAAGGACGGUAUCGAUUUCUCAAUCAAGAACAACAACAAAUAGUUUACUUACAGAUUUGAGUGCAGAAGAUCAAACAAAGCAAGAGGAAACAUCGGAACUUGCAAAAUCUUUACCUCAACUUAAAACAGAAGAAAGCAGUUCAUUUCAAGAAUCCAGUUCGGAAGAAAUUCAAAUAACAGAAGUGCCAUGGACACUAUCAACAUCACUUUUUCAAUCAAGUUCAAACACGAAUAAUAUAUUUUGGAGUCCAAGUGUAAAUGAAGCCAAAACAUCUCAAGAAGACACAAAGACACUAUCAACUUCCUUCCCACAAUCAAGUACAGCAGCACAUAGUUUACUUACAUAUUCGAGUGCAGAAGAGCAAACAAUUCGAGAGGAAACAUCGGAACUUUUAAAAUCUUUACCUCAAUUAACAACAGAAGAAAGCAGUUCAUUCCAAGAAUCCAGUGCGGAAGAAAAUCCAAUUACAGAAGUACCAUGGACACUAUCAACAUCACUUUCCCAAUCAAGUUCAAAAACAAAAAAUAUAUUUUCGAGUCAGUCAGUAAAUGAAGACAACAUUUCUCAAGAAGAUACAAGGACACUAUCAACUUCUUUCCCACAAUCAAGUACAACAGCAAAUAGUUUACUUACAGUUUCAAGUGCAGAAGAGCAUACAUUUCGAGAAGAGAUAUCAGAACUUUCAAAAGCUCUACCUCAAUCUACAAGAGGAGAAAUAAGUUCAUUUCAAGAACACACAACAGAAGAAAGCAGUUCAUUUCAAGAAUCCAUUGCAGAAGAAAAUCAAAUGACAGAAGUGACAUGGACACAAUCAAGUUCAAGAACAAAGAGUCAGAGUGUAAAUGAAGACAAAACAUCUCAAGAAAAUACAAGGACGGUAUCGAUUUCUCAAUCAAGAACAACAACAAAUAGUUUACUUACAGAUUUGAGUGCAGAAGAUCAAACAAAGCAAGAGGAAACAUCGGAACUUGCAAAAUCAUUACCUCAACUUAAAACAGAAGAAAGCAGUUCAUUUCAAGAAUCCAGUUCGGAAGAAAUUCAAAUAACAGAAGUGCCAUGGACACUAUCAACAUCACUUUUUCGAUCAAGUUCAAACACGAAUAAUAUAUUUUGGAGUCCAAGUGUAAAUGAAGCCAAAACAUCUCAAGAAGACACAAGGACACUAUCAACUUCUUUCCCACAAUCAAGUACAGCAGCACAUAGUUUACUUACAUAUUCGAGUGCAGAAGAGCAAACAAUUCGGGAGGAAACAUCGGAACUUUUAAAAUCUUUACCUCAAUUAACAACAGAAGAAAGCAGUUCAUUCCAAGAAUCCAGUGCGGAAGAAAAUCCAAUUACAGAAGUACCAUGGACACUAUCAACAUCACUUUCCCAAUCAAGUUCAAAAACAAAAAAUAUAUUUUCGAGUCAGUCAGUAAAUGAAGACAACAUUUCUCAAGAAGAUACAAGGACACUAUCAACUUCUUUCCCACAAUCAGCAACAGCAAAUAGUUUACUUACAGUUUCAAGUGCAGAAGAGCAUACACUUCGAGAAGAGAUAUCAGAACUUUCAAAAGCUCUACCUCAAUCUACAAGAGGAGAAAUAAGUUCAUUUCAAGAACACACAACAGAAGAAAGCAGUUCAUUUCAAGAAUCCAGUGCAGAAGAAAAUCAAAUGACAGAAGUGACAUGGACACAAUCAAGUUCAAGAACAAAGAGUCAGAGUGUAAAUGAAGACAAAACAUCUCAAGAAAUACAAGGACGGUACAUUUCUCAAUCAAGAACAACGACAAAUAGUUUACUUACAGAUUUGACUGCAGAAGAUCAAACAAAGCAGAGAAACAUCGGAACUUCAAAAUCUUUACCUCAACUUAAAACAGAAGAAAGCAGUUCAUUUCAAGAAUCCAGUUCGGAAGAAAUUCAAAUAACAGAAGUGCCAUGGACACUAUCAACAUCACUUUUUCAAUCAAGUUCAAACACGAAUAAUAUAUUUUGGAGUCCAAGUGUAAAUGAAGCCAAAACAUCUCAAGAAGACACAAAGACACUAUCAACUUCCUUCCCACAAUCAAGUACAGCAGCACAUAGUUUACUUACAUAUUCGAGUGCAGAAGAGCAAACAAUUCGAGAGGAAACAUCGGAACUUUUAAAAUCUUUACCUCAAUUAACAACAGAAGAAAGCAGUUCAUUCCAAGAAUCCAGUGCGGAAGAAAAUCCAAUUACAGAAGUACCAUGGACACUAUCAACAUCACUUUCCCAAUCAAGUUCAAAAACAAAAAAUAUAUUUUCGAGUCAGUCAGUAAAUGAAGACAACAUUUCUCAAGAAGAUACAAGGACACUAUCAACUUCUUUCCCACAAUCAAGUACAACAGCAAAUAGUUUACUUACAGUUUCAAGUGCAGAAGAGCAUACACUUCGAGAAGAGAUAUCAGAACUUUCAAAAGCUCUACCUCAAUCUACAAGAGGAGAAAUAAGUUCAUUUCAAGAACACACAACAGAAGAAAGCAGUUCAUUUCAAGAAUCCAUUGCAGAAGAAAAUCAAAUGACAGAAGUGACAUGGACACAAUCAAGUUCAAGAACAAAGAGUCAGAGUGUAAAUGAAGACAAAACAUCUCAAGAUACAAGGACGGUAUCGAUUUCUCAAUCAAGAACAACGACAAAUAGUUUACUUACAGAUUUGACUGCAGAAGAUCAAAAAGCUAGAGAAACAUCGGAACUUUUAAAAUCUUUACCUCAACUUAAAACAGAAGAAAGCAGUUCAUUUCAAGAAUCCAGUUCGGAAGAAAUUCAAAUAACAGAAGUGCCAUGGACACUAUCAACAUCUUUUUCAUCAAGUUCAAACACGAAUAAUAUAUUUUGGAGUCCAAGUGUAAAUGAAGCCAAAACAUCUCAAGAAGACACAAGGACACUAUCAACUUUCCCACAAUCAAGUACAGCAGCACAUAGUUUACUUACAUAUUCGAGUGCAGAAGAGCAAACAAUUCGGGAGGAAACAUCGGAACUUUUAAAAUCUUUACCUCAAUUAACAACAGAAGAAAGCAGUUCAUUCCAAGAAUCCAGUGCGGAAGAAAAUCCAAUUACAGAAGUACCAUGGACACUAUCAACAUCACUCCAAUCAAGUUCAAAAACAAAAAAUAUAUUUUCGAGUCAGUCAGUAAAUGAAGACAACAUUUCUCAAGAAGAUACAAGGACACUAUCAACUUCUUUCCCACAAUCAAGUACAACAGCAAAUAGUUUACUUACAGUUUCAAGUGCAGAAGAGCAUACACUUCGAGAAGAGAUAUCAGAACUUUCAAAAGCUCUACCUCAAUCUACAAGAGGAGAAAUAAGUUCAUUUCAAGAACACACAACAGAAGAAAGCAGUUCAUUUCAAGAAUCCAGUGCAGAAGAAAAUCAAAUGACAGAAGUGACAUGGACACAAUCAAGUUCAAGAACAAAGAGUCAGAGUGUAAAUGAAGACAAAACAUCUCAAGAAGAUACAAGGACGGUAUCAAUUUCUCAAUCAAGAACAACGACAAAUAGUUUACUUACAGAUUUGACUGCAGAAGAUCAAACAAAGCUAGAGAAAACAUCGGAACUUUCAAAAUCUUUACCUCAACUUAAAACAGAAGAAAGCAGUUCAUUUCAAGAAUCCAGUUCGGAAGAAAUUCAAAUAACAGAAGUGCCAUGGACACUAUCAACAUCACUUUUUCAAUCAAGUUCAAACACGAAUAAUAUAUUUUCGAGUCCGAGUGUAAAUGAAGCCAACUCUCAAGAAGACACAAGGACACUAUCAACUUCUUUCCCACAAUCAAGUACAGCAGCACAUAGUUUACUUACAUAUUCGAGUGCAGAAGAGCAAACAAUUCGGGAGGAAACAUCGGAACUUUUAAAAUCUUUACCUCAAUUAACAACAGAAGAAAGCAGUUCAUUCCAAGAAUCCAGUGCGGAAGAAAAUCCAAUUACAGAAGUACCAUGGACACUAUCAACAUCCUUUCAAUCAAGUUCAAACACGAAUAAUAUAUUUUCGAGUCCGAGUGUAAAUGAAGCCAAAGCAUCUCAAGAAGACACAAGGACACUAUCAACUUCUUUCCCACAAUCAAGUACAACAGCAAAUAGUUUACUUACAGUUUCAAGUGCAGAAGAGCAUACACUUCGAGAAGAGAUAUCAGAACUUUCAAAUGCUCUACCUCAAUCUACAAGAGGAGAAAUAAGUUCAUUUCAAGAACACACAACAGAAGAAAGCAGUUCAUUUCAAGAAUAUGCAGAAGAAAAUCAAAUGACAGAAGUGACAUGGACACAAUCAAGUUCAAGAACAAAGAGUCAGAGUGUAAAUGAAGACAAAACAUCUCAAGAAGAUACAAGGACGGUAUCAAUUUCUCAAUCAAGAACAACGACUAAUAGUUUACUUACAGAUUUGACUGCAGAAGAUCAAACAAAGCUAGAGAAAACAUCGGAACUUUCAAAAUCUUUACCUCAACUUAAAACAGAAGAAAGCAGUUCAUUUCAAGAAUCCAGUUCGGAAGAAAUUCAAAUAACAGAAGUGCCAUGGACACUAUCAACAUCACUUUUUCAAUCAAGUUCAAACACGAAUAAUAUAUUUUCGAGUCCGAGUGUAAAUGAAGCCAAAACAUCUCAAGAAGACACAAGGACACUAUCAACUUCUUUCCCACAAUCAAGUACAGCAGCACAUAGUUUACUUACAUAUUCGAGUGCAGAAGAGCAAACAAUUCGGGAGGAAACAUCGGAACUUUUAAAAUCUUUACCUCAAUUAACAACAGAAGAAAGCAGUUCAUUCCAAGAAUCCAGUGCGGAAGAAAAUCCAAUUACAGAAGUACCAUGGACACUAUCAACAUCACUUUCUCAAUCAAGUUCAAAAACAAAAAAUAUAUUUUCGAGUCAGUCAGUAAAUGAAGACAACAUUUCUCAAGAAGAUACAAGGACACUAUCAACUUCUUUCCCACAAUCAAGUACAACAGCAAAUAGUUUACUUACAGUUUCAAGUGCAGAAGAGCAUACACUUCGAGAAGAGAUAUCAGAACUUUCAAAAGCUCUACCUCAAUCUACAAGAGGAGAAAUAAGUUCAUUUCAAGAACACACAACAGAAGAAAGCAGUUCAUUUCAAGAAUCCAUUGCAGAAGAAAAUCAAAUGACAGAAGUGACAUGGACACAAUCAAGUUCAAGAACAAAGAGUCAGAGUGUAAAUGAAGACAAAACAUCUCAAGAAGAUACAAGUACGGUAUCAAUUUCUCAAUCAAGAACAACGACAAAUAGUUUACUUACAGAUUUGACUGCAGAAGAUCAAACAAAGCUAGAGAAAACAUCGGAACUUUCAAAAUCUUUACCUCAACUUAAAACAGAAGAAAGCAGUUCAUUUCAAGAAUCCAGUUCGGAAGAAAUUCAAAAAACAGAAGUGCCAUGGACACUAUCAACAUCACUUUCUCAAUCAAGUUCAAAAACAAAAAAUAUAUUUUCGAGUCAGUCAGUAAAUGAAGACAACAUUUCUCAUGAAGAUACAAGGACACUAUCAACUUCUUUCCCACAAUCAAGUACAGCAGCACAUAGUUUACUUACAUAUUCGAGUGCAGAAGAGCAAACAAUUCGGGAGGAAACAUCGGAACUUUUAAAAUCUUUACCUCAAUUAACAACAGAAGAAAGCAGUUCAUUCCAAGAAUCCAGUGCGGAAGAAAAUCCAAUUACAGAAGUACCAUGGACACUAUCAACAUCACUUUCUCAAUCAAGUUCAAAAGCAAAAAAUAUAUUUUCGAGUCAGUCAGUAAAUGAAGACAACAUUUCUCAAGAAGAUACAAGGACACUAUCAACUUCUUUCCCACAAUCAAGUACAACAGCAAAUAGUUUACUUACAGCUUUAAGUGCAGAAGAGCAUACACUUCGAGAAGAGAUAUCAGAACUUUCAAAAGCUCUACCUCAAUCUACAAGAGGAGAAAUAAGUUCAUUUCAAGAACACACAACAGAAGAAAGCAGUUCAUUUCAAGAAUCCAUUGCAGAAGAAAAUCAAAUGACAGAAGUGACAUGGACACAAUCAAGUUCAAGAACAAAGAGUCAGAGUGUAAAUGAAGACAAAACAUCUCAAGAAGAUACAAGGACGGUAUCAAUUUCUCAAUCCAGAACAACGACAAAUAGUUUACUUACAGAUUUGACUGCAGAAGGUCAAACAAAUCUAGAGAAAACAUCGGAACUUUCAAAAUCUUUACCUCAACUUAAAACAGAAGAAAGCAGUUCAUUUCAAGAAUCCAGUUCGGAAGAAAUUCAAAUAACAGAAGUGCCAUGGACACUAUCAACAUCACUUUUUCAAUCAAGUUCAAACACGAAUAAUAUAUUUUCGAGUCCGAGUGUAAAUGAAGCCAAAACGUCUCAAGAAGACACAAGGACACUAUCAACUUCUUUCCCACAAUCAAGUACAGCAGCACAUAGUUUACUUACAUAUUCGAGUGCAGAAGAUCAGAGUCAGAGUGUAAAUGAAGACAAAACAUCUCAAGAAGAUACAAGGACGGUAUCGAUUUCUCAAUCAAGAACAACAACAAAUAGUUUACUUACAGAUUUGACUGCAGAAGAUCAAACAAAGCUAGAGAAAACAUCGGAACUUUCAAAAUCUUUACCUCAACUUAAAACAGAAGAAAGCAGUUCAUUUCAAGAAUCCAGUUCGGAAGAAAUUCAAAUAACAGAAGUGCCAUGGAUACUAUCAACAUCACUUUUUCAAUCAAAUUCAAACACGAAUAAUAUAUUUUGGAGUCCAAGUGUAAAUGAAGCCAAAACAUCUCAAGAAGACACAAAGACACUAUCAACUUCCUUCCCACAAUCAAGUACAGCAGCACAUAGUUUACUUACAUAUUCGAGUGCAGAAGAGCAAACAAUUCGGGAGGAAACAUCGGAACUUUUAAAAUCUUUACCUCAAUUAACAACAGAAGAAAGCAGUUCAUUCCAAGAAUCCAGUGCGGAAGAAAAUCCAAUUACAGAAGUACCAUGGACACUAUCAACAUCACUUUCCCAAUCAAGUUCAAAAACAAAAAAUAUAUUUUCGAGUCAGUCAGUAAAUGAAGACAACAUUUCUCAAGAAGAUAAAAGGACACUAUCAACUUCUUUCCCACAAUCAAGUACAACAGCAAAUAGUUUACUUACAGUUUCAAGUGCAGAAGAGCAUACACUUCGAGAAGAGAUAUCAGAACUUUCAAAAGCUCUACCUCAAUCUACAAGAGGAGAAAUAAGUUCAUUUCAAGAACACACAACAGAAGAAAGCAGUUCAUUUCAAGAAUCCAGCGCAGAAGAAAAUCAAAUGACAGAAGUGACAUGGACACAAUCAAGUUCAAGAACAAAGAGUCAGAGUGUAAAUGAAGACAAAACAUCUCAAGAAGAUACAAGGACGGUAUCAAUUUCUCAAUCAAGAACAACGACAAAUAGUUUACUUACAGAUUUGACUGCAGAAGAUCAAACAAAGCUAGAGAAAACAUCGGAACUUUCAAAAUCUUUACCUCAACUUAAAACAGAAGAAAGCAGUUCAUUUCAAGAAUCCAGUUCGGAAGAAAUUCAAAUAACAGAAGUGCCAUGGACACUAUCAACAUCACUUUUUCAAUCAAGUUCAAACACGAAUAAUAUAUUUUCGAGUCCGAGUGUAAAUGAAGCCAAAACGUCUCAAGAAGACACAAGGACACUAUCAACUUCUUUCCCACAAUCAAGUACAGCAGCACAUAGUUUACUUACAUAUUCGAGUGCAGAAGAGCAAACAAUUCGGGAGGAAACAUCGGAACUUUUAAAAUCUUUACCUCAAUUAACAACAGAAGAAAGCAGUUCAUUCCAAGAAUCCAGUGCGGAAGAAAUUCAAAUGACAGAAGUGCCAUGGACACAAUCAAGUUCAAGAACAAAGAGUCAGAGUCAGAGUGUAAAUGAAAACAAAACAUCUCAAGAAGAUACAAGGACGGUAUCAAUUUCUCAAUCAAGAACAACGACAAAUAGUUUACUUACAGAUUUGACUGCAGAAGAUCAAACAAAGCUAGAGAAAACAUCGGAACUUUCAAAAUCUUUACCUCAACUUAAAACAGAAGAAAGCAGUUCAUUUCAAGAAUCCAGUUCGGAAGAAAUUCAAAUAACAGAAGUGCCAUGGACACUAUCAACAUCACUUUUUCAAUCAAGUUCAAACACGAAUAAUAUAUUUUCGAGUCCGAGUGUAAAUGAAGCCAAAACGUCUCAAGAAGACACAAGGACACUAUCGACUUCUUUCCCACAAUCAAGUACAACAGCAAAUAGUUUACUUACAGUUUCAAGUGCAGAAGAGCAUACACUUCGAGAAGAGAUAUCAGAACUUUCAAAAGCUCUACCUCAAUCUACAAGAGGAGAAAUAAGUUCAUUUCAAGAACACACAACAGAAGAAAGCAGUUCAUUUCAAGAAUCCAGUGCAGAAGAAAAUCAAAUGACAGAAGUGACAUGGACACAAUCAAGUUCAAGAACAAAGAGUCAGAGUGUAAAUGAAGACAAAACAUCUCAAGAAGAUACAAGGACGGUAUCAAUUUCUCAAUCAAGAACAACGACAAAUAGUUUACUUACAGAUUUGACUGCAGAAGAUCAAACAAAGCUAGAGAAAACAUCGGAACUUUCAAAAUCUUUACCUCAACUUAAAACAGAAGAAAGCAGUUCAUUUCAAGAAUCCAGUUCGGAAGAAAUUCAAAUAACAGAAGUGCCAUGGACACUAUCAACAUCACUUUUUCAAUCAAGUUCAAACACGAAUAAUAUAUUUUCGAGUCCGAGUGUAAAUGAAGCCAAAACAUCUCAAGAAGACACAAGGACACUAUCAACUUCUUUCCCACAAUCAAGUACAGCAGCACAUAGUUUACUUACAUAUUCGAGUGCAGAAGAGCAAACAAUUCGGGAGGAAACAUCGGAACUUUUAAAAUCUUUACCUCAAUUAACAACAGAAGAAAGCAGUUCAUUCCAAGAAUCCAGUGCGGAAGAAAAUCCAAUUACAGAAGUACCAUGGACACUAUCAACAUCACUUUCUCAAUCAAGUUCAAAAACAAAAAAUAUAUUUUCGAGUCAGACUGUAAAAGAAGACAACAUUUCUCAAGAAGAUACAAGAACACUAUCAACUUCUUUCCCACAAUCAAGUACAACAGCAAAUAGUUUACUUACACUUUCAAGUGCAGAAGAGCAUACAAUUCAAGAAGAGACAUCAGAACUUUCAAAAGCUCUACCUCAAUCUACAAGAGGAGAAAUAAGUUCAUUUCAAGAACACACAACAGAAGAAAGCAGUUCAUUUCAAGAAUCCAGUGCAGAAAAAAAUCAAAUGACAGAAGUGCCUUGGACACAAUCAAGUUCAAGAACAAAGAGUCAGAGUGUAAAUGAAGACAAAACAUCUCAAGAAGAUACAAGGACGGUAUCGAUUUCUCAAUCAAGAACAACAACAAAUAGUUUACUUACAGAUUUGAGUGCAGAAGAUCAAACAAAGCAAGAGGAAACAUCGGAACUUGCUAAAUCUUUACCUCAACUUAAAACAGAAGAAAGCAGUUCAUUUCAAGAAUCCAGUUCGGAAGAAAUUCAAAUAACAGAAGUGCCAUGGACACUAUCAACAUCACUUUUUCAAUCAAGUUCAAACACGAAUAAUAUAUUUUGGAGUCCAAGUGUAAAUGAAGCCAAAACAUCUCAAGAAGACACAAAGACACUAUCAACUUCCUUCCCACAAUCAAGUACAGCAGCACAUAGUUUACUUACAUAUUCGAGUGCAGAAGAGCAAACAAUUCGGGAGGAAACAUCGGAACUUUUAAAAUCUUUACCUCAAUUAACAACAGAAGAAAGCAGUUCAUUCCAAGAAUCCAGUGCGGAAGAAAAUCCAAUUACAGAAGUACCAUGGACACUAUCAACAUCACUUUCCCAAUCAAGUUCAAAAACAAAAAAUAUAUUUUCGAGUCAGUCAGUAAAUGAAGACAACAUUUCUCAAGAAGAUACAAGGACACUAUCAACUUCUUUCCCACAAUCAAGUACAACAGCAAAUAGUUUACUUACAGUUUCAAGUGCAGAAGAGCAUACACUUAGAGAAGAGAUAUCAGAACUUUCAAAAGCUCUACCUCAAUCUACAAGAGGAGAAAUAAGUUCAUUUCAAGAACACACAACAGAAGAAAGCAGUUCAUUUCAAGAAUCCAGUGCAGAAGAAAAUCAAAUGACAGAAGUGACAUGGACACAAUCAAGUUCAAGAACAAAGAGUCAGAGUGUAAAUGAAGACAAAACAUCUCAAGAAGAUACAAGUACGGUAUCAAUUUCUCAAUCAAGAACAACGACAAAUAGUUUACUUACAGAUUUGAGUGCAGAAGAUCAAACAAAGCAAGAGGAAACAUCGGAACUUGCAAAAUCUUUACCUCAACUUAAAACAGAAGAAAGCAGUUCAUUUCAAGAAUCCAGUUCGGAAGAAAUUCAAAUAACAGAAGUGCCAUGGACACUAUCAACAUCACUUUUUCAAUCAAGUUCAAACACGAAUAAUAUAUUUUUGAGUCCAAGUGUAAAUGAAGCCAAAACAUCUCAAGAAGACACAAAGACACUAUCAACUUCCUUCCCACAAUCAACUACAGCAGCACAUAGUUUACUUACAUAUUCGAGUGCAGAAGAGCAAACAAUUCGGGAGGAAACAUCGGAACUUUUAAAAUCUUUACCUCAAUUAACAACAGAAGAAAGCAGUUCAUUCCAAGAAUCCAGUGCGGAAGAAAAUCCAAUUACAGAAGUACCAUGGACACUAUCAACAUCACUUUCCCAAUCAAGUUCAAAAACAAAAAAUAUAUUUUCGAGUCAGUCAGUAAAUGAAGACAACAUUUCUCAAGAAGAUACAAGGACACUAUCAACUUCUUUCCCACAAUCAAGUACAACAGCAAAUAGUUUACUUACAGUUUCAAGUGCAGAAGAGCAUACAAUUCAAGAAGAGACAUCAGAACUUUCAAAAGCUCUACCUCAAUCUACAAGAGGAGAAAUAAGUUCAUUUCAAGAACACACAACAGAAGAAAGCAGUUCAUUUCAAGAAUCCAGUGCAGAAGAAAAUCAAAUGACAGAAGUGACAUGGACACAAUCAAGUUCAAGAACAAAGAGUCAGAGUGUAAAUGAAGACAAAACAUCUCAAGAAGAUACAAGGACGGUAUCAAUUUCUCAAUCAAGAACAACGACAAAUAGUUUACUUACAGAUUUGACUGCAGAAGAUCAAACAAAGCUAGAGAAAACAUCGGAACUUUCAAAAUCUUUACCUCAACUUAAAACAGAAGAAAGCAGUUCAUUUCAAGAAUCCAGUUCGGAAGAAAUUCAAAUAACAGAAGUGCCAUGGACACUAUCAACAUCACUUUUUCAAUCAAGUUCAAACACGAAUAAUAUAUUUUCGAGUCCGAGUGUAAAUGAAGCCAAAACAUCUCAAGAAGACACAAAGACACUAUCAACUUCCUUCCCACAAUCAAGUACAGCAGCACAUAGUUUACUUACAUAUUCGAGUGCAGAAGAGCAAACAAUUCGGGAGGAAACAUCGGAACUUUUAAAAUCUUUACCUCAAUUAACGACAGAAGAAAGCAGUUCAUUCCAAGAAUCCAGUGCGGAAGAAAUUGAAAUGACAGAAGUGCCAUGGACACAAUCAAGUUCAAGAACAAAGAGUCAGAGUCAGAGUGUAAAUGAAGACAAAACAUCUCAAGAAUAUACAAGGACGGUAUCGAUUUCUCAAUCAAGAACAACAACAAAUAGUUUACUUACAGAUUUGAGUGCAGAAGAUCAAACAAAGCAAGAGGAAACAUCGGAACUUGCAAAAUCUUUACCUCAACUUAAAACAGAAGAAAGCAGUUCAUUUCAAGAAUCCAGUUCGGAAGAAAUUCAAAUAACAGAAGUGCCAUGGACACUAUCAACAUCACUUUUUCAAUCAAGUUCAAACACGAAUAAUAAAUUUUCGAGUCCGAGUGUAAAUGAAGCCAAAACAUCUCAAGACGACACAAGGACACUAUUAACUUCUUUCCCACAAUCAAGUACAGCAGCACAUAGUUUACUUACAUAUUCGAGUGCAGAAGAGCAUGCAAUUCGGGAGGAAACAUCGGAACUUUUAAAAUCUUUACCUCAAUUAACAACAGAAGAAAGCAGUUCAUUCCAAGUAUCCAGCGCGGAAGAAAAUCCAAUUACAGAAGUACCAUGGACACUAUCAACAUCACUUUCUCAAUCAAGUUCAAAAACAAAAAAUAUAUUUUCGAGUCAGACUGUAAAUGAAGACAACAUUUCUCAAGAAGAUACAAGAACACUAUCAACUUCUUUCCCACAAUCAAGUACAACAGCAAAUAGUGUACUUACAGUUUCGAGGGCAGUCUAUCAAACAAUCAAAGAGGAAUCCACGGAACUUCCAAAAUCUUUACCUCAAUUAACAACAGAAGAAAGCAGUUCUUUUCAAGAAUCCAGUGCAGAACAAAAUGAAAUGACAGAAGUACCAUGGACACUAUCAACAUCACUUCCUCAAUCAAGUUCAAAAGCAAAGAAUAUAUUUUCUAGUCAGAGUGUUAAUGAAGACAAAACAUCUCAAAAAGAUACAAGGACACUAUCAAUUUCUGUCCCACAAUCAAGUGCACCAGCUAAUAGUUUAUUUACAGAUUCGAGUGCAGAAGAGCAAUCAAAGCAAGAGGAAACAUCGGAACUUUCAAAAUCUUUACCUCAAUUUAAAACAGAAGAAAGCAGUUCAUUUCAAGAAUUCAGUUCGGAUGAAAAAAAAAUGACAGAAGUGCCAUGGACACUAUCAACAUCACUUUUUCAAUUAAGUUCAAACACGAAUAAUAUAUUUUCGAGUCCGAGUGAAAAUAAAGCCAAAACAUCUCAAGAAGAUACAAGAACACUAUCAACUUCUCUCCCACAAUCAAGUACAACAGCAAAUAGUUUACUUACAGUUUCAAGUGCAGAAGAGCACACUAUUCAAGAAGAGACACCAGAACUUUCAAAAGCUCUACCUCAAUCUACAAGAGGAGAAAUAAGUUCAUUUCAAGAACUCACAACAGAAGAAAGCAGUUCAUUUCAAGAAUCCAGUGCAGAAGAAAAUCAAAUGACAGAAGUGCCAUGGACACAAUCAAGUUCAAGAACAAAGAGUCAGAGUGUAACAAAGAAUAUAUUUUCGAGUCAAAGUGUAAAUGAAGACAAAACUGCUAAAGAGGAUACAAGCACAAUGUCAAUUUCAAUCCCCGAAUCAAGUACAACAGCAAUCAGUUUACUUACAGUUUCAAGGGCAGUCUAUCAAACAAUCAAAGAGGAAUCCACGGAACUUCCAAAAUCUUUACCUCAAUUAACAACAGAAGAAAGCAGUUCUUUUCUAGAAUACAGUUCGGAAGAAAGUCAAAUAACAGAAGUGCCUUGGACACAAUCAAGUUCAAGAACAAAAAGUCAGAGUCAGAGUGUAAAUGAAGACAAAACAUCUCAAGAAGACACAAGGACACUAUCAACUUCUUUCCCAAAAUCAAGUACAGCAGCAAAUAGUUUACUUACAUAUUCGAGUGCAGAAGAGCAAACAAUUCGAGAGGAAACAUCGGAACUUUCAAAAUCUUUACCUCAAUUAACAACAGAAGAAAGCAGUUCAUUCCAGGAAUCCAGUGCGGAAGAAAAUCCAAUUACAGAAGUACCAUGGACACUAUCAACAUCACUUUCUCAAUCAAGUUCAAAAACAAAAAAUAUAUUUUCGAGUCAGACUGUAAAUGAAGACAACAUUUCUCAAGAAGAUACAAGAACACUAUCAACUUCUUUCCCACAAUCAAGUACAACAGCAAAUAGUUUACUUACAGUUUCAAGUGCAGAAGAGCAUACAAUUCAAGAAGAGACAUCAGAACUUUCAAAAGCUCUACCGCAAUCUACAAGAGGAGAAAUAAGUUCAUUUCAAGAACACACAACAGAAGAAAGCAGUUCUUUUCAAGAAUCCAGUUCGGAAGAAAGUCAAAUAACAGAAGUGCCUUGGACACAAUCAAGUUCAAGAACAAAAAGUCAGAGUCAGAGUGUAAAUGAAGACAAAACAUCUCAAGAAGACACAAGGACACUAUCAACUUCUUUCCCAAAAUCAAGUACAGCAGCAAAUAGUUUACUUACAUAUUCGAGUGCAGAAGAGCAAACAAUUCGAGAGGAAACAUCGGAACUUUCAAAAUCUUUACCUCAAUUAACAACAGAAGAAAGCAGUUCAUUCCAAGAAUCCAGUGCGGAAGAAAAUCCAAUUACAGAAGUACCAUGGACACUAUCAACAUCACUUUCUCAAUCAAGUUCAAAAACAAAAAAUAUAUUUUCGAGUCAGACUGUAAAUUCAGACAACAUUUCUCAAGAAGAUACAAGAACACUAUCAACUUCUUUCCCACAAUCAAGUACAACAGCAAAUAGUGUACUUACAGUUUCGAGGGCAGUCUAUCAAACAAUCAAAGAGGAAUCCACGGAACUUCCAAAAUCUUUACCUCAAUUAACAACAGAAGAAAGCAGUUCUUUUCUAGAAUACAGUUCGGAAGAAAGUCAAAUAACAGAAGUGCCUUGGACACAAUCAAGUUCAAGAACAAAAAGUCAGAGUCAGACUGUAAAUGAAGACAAAACAUCUCAAGAAGACAGAAGGACACUAUCAACUUCUUUCCCAAAAUCAAGUACAGCAGCAAAUAGUUUACUUACAUAUUCGAGUGCAGAAGAGCAAACAAUUCGAGAGGAAACAUCGAAACUUUCAAAAUCUUUACCUCAAUUAACAACAGAAGAAAGCAGUUCAUUCCAAGAAUCCAGUGCGGAAGAAAAUCCAAUUACAGAAGUACCAUGGACACUAUCAACAUCACUUUCUCAAUCAAGUUCAAAAACAAAAAAUAUAUUUUCGAGUCAGACUGUAAAUGAAGACAACAUUUCUCAAGAAGAUACAAGGACACUAUCAACUUCUUUCCCACAAUCAAGUACAACAGCAAAUAGUUUACUUACAGUUUCAAGUGCAGAAGAGCAUACAAUUCAAGAAGAGACACCAGAACUUUCAAAAGCUCUACCUCAAUCUACAAGAGGAGAAAUAAGUUCAUUUCAAGAACUCACAACAGAAGAAAGCAGUUCAUUUCAAGAAUCCAGUGCAGAAGAAAAUCAAAUAACAGAAGUGCCAUGGACACUAUCAACAUCACUUUUUCAAUCAAGUUCAAACACGAAUAAUAUAUUUUGGAGUCCAAGUGUAAAUGAAGACAAAACAUCUCAAGAAGACACAAGGACACUAUCAACUUCUUUCCCAAAAUCAAGUACAGCAGCAAAUAGUUUACUUACAUAUUCGAGUGCAGAAGAGCAAACAAUUCGAGAGGAAACAUCGGAACUUUCAAAAUCUUUACCUCAAUUAACAACAGAAGAAAGCAGUUCAUUCCAAGAAUCCAGUGCGGAAGAAAAUCCAAUUACAGAAGUACCAUGGACACUAUCAACAUCACUUUCUCAAUCAAGUUCAAAAACAAAAAAUAUAUUUUCGAGUCAGACUGUAAAUUCAGACAACAUUUCUCAAGAAGAUACAAGAACACUAUCAACUUCUUUCCCACAAUCAAGUACAACAGCAAAUAGUGUACUUACAGUUUCGAGGUCAGAAGAGCAAUCAUCGGAGUUUUCAUCUUUAAUUAUGAUAGAGCCAAUAACGAGCAGUAAAGUAACUACAGAUAAUGUUUGCGAAUGCACUUGCCUAUUAGAACAAGGAAAUGACUCGUGUAUCUGCAACUGUAUUACAGAUCCCACUUCUAUUGAUGUAUCUAUCCUAACAGCAAGCCAAAUAAAGUCAAUCGAAGAUCUUCAGCACUCCUCAAAUCUACCUUCAUAUAAAAGUACACAAGAAAAUACAAAUACCAAAGGAAAAGAUAAAAAUCUGUCAACAUCAUUACAAAUUUCGAGUACAUUACCGUAUCAAAUAUCCCAAAGCGAAAUUGGAAAUCAAUCGCAAUAUGUUCCUGCUUCGAGCACACUAUUCAGUGAUCUUAGCAAAAUUUCAAACACAGACAAAGAUCAGCCAACAAAGAAUAUAUUUUCGAGUCAAAGUGUAAAUGAAGACAAAACUGCUAGAGAGGAUACAAGGACAAUGUCAAUUUCAAUCCCCGAAUCAAGUACAACAGCAAUCAGUUUACUUACAAUUUCAAGGGCAGAAUAUCAAACAAUCAAAGAGGAAUCCACGGAACUUCCAAAAUCUUUACCUCAAUUAACAACAGAAGAAAGCAGUUCUUUUCUAGAAUACAGUUCGGAAGAAAGUCAAAUAACAGAAGUGCCUUGGACACAAUCAAGUUCAAGAACAAAAAGUCAGAGUCAGACUGUAAAUGAAGACAACAUUUCUCAAGAAGAUACAAGGACACUAUCAACUUCUUUCCCACAAUCAAGUACAACAGCAAAUAGUUUACUUACAGUUUCAAGUGCAGAAGAGCAUACAAUUCAAGAAGAGACACCAGAACUUUCAAAAGCUCUACCUCAAUCUACAAGAGGAGAAAUAAGUUCAUUUCAAGAACUCACAACAGAAGAAAGCAGUUCAUUUCAAAUGACAGAAGUGACAUGGACACAAUCAAGUUCAAGAACAAAGAGUCAGAGUCAGAGUGUAAAUGAAGACAAAAUAUCUCAAGAAGACGCAAGGACACUAUCAACUUCUUUCCCACAAUCAAGUACAGCAGCAAAUAGUUUACUUACAUAUUCGAGUGCAGAAGAGCAAACAAUUCGAGAGGAAACAUCGGAACUGUCAAAAUCUUUACCUCAAUUAACAACAGAAGAAAGCAGUUCAUUCCAAGAAUCCAGUGCGGAAGAAAAUCCAAUUACAGAAGUACCAUGGACACUAUCAACAUCACUUUCUCAAUCAAGUUCAAAAACAAAAAAUAUAUUUUCGAGUCAGACUGUAAAUGAAGACAACAUUUCUCAAGAAGAUACAAGGACACUAUCAACUUCUUUCCCACAAUCAAGUACAACAGCAAAUAGAUUACUUACAGUUUCAAGUGCAGAAGAGCAUACAAUUCAAGAAGAGACACCAGAACUUUCAGAAGCUCAACCUCAAUCUACAAGAGGAGAAAUAAGUUCAUUUCAAGAACUCACAACAGAAGAAAGCAGUUCAUUUCAAGAAUCCAGUGCAGAAGAAAAUCAAAUGACAGAAGUGCCAUGGACACAAUCAAGUUCAAGAACAAAGAGUCAGAGUCAGAGUGUAAAUGAAGACAAAACAUCUCAAGAAGAUACAAGGACGGUAUCGAUUUCUCAAUCAAAAACAACAACAAAUAGUUUACUUACAGAUUUGAGUGCAGAAGAUCAAACAAAGCAAGAGGAAAUAUCGGAACUUUCAAAAUCUUUACCUCAACUUAAAACAGAAGAAAGCAGUUCUUUUCAAGAAUCCAGUUCGGAAGAAAGUCAAAUAACAGAAGUGCCUUGGACACAAUCAAGUUCAAGAACAAAAAGUCAGAGUCAGAGUGUAAAUGAAGACAAAACAUCUCAAGAAGACACAAGGACACUAUCAACUUCUUUCCCAAAAUCAAGUACAGCAGCAACUAGUUUACUUACAUAUUCGAGUGCAGAAGAGCAAACAAUUCGAGAGGAAACAUCGGAACUUUCAAAAUCUUUACCUCAAUUAACAACAGAAGAAAGCAGUUCAUUCCAAGAAUCCAGUGCGGAAGAAAAUCCAAUUACAGAAGUACCAUGGACACUAUCAACAUCACUUUCUCAAUCAAGUUCAAAAACAAAAAAUAUAUUUUCGAGUCAGACUGUAAAUUCAGACAACAUUUCUCAAGAAGAUACAAGAACACUAUCAACUUCUUUCCCACAAUCAAGUACAACAGCAAAUAGUGUACUUACAGUUUCGAGGUCAGAAGAGCAAUCAUCGGAGUUUUCAUCUUUAAUUAUGAUAGAGCCAAUAACGAGCAGUAAAGUAACUACAGAUAAUGUUUGCGAAUGCACUUGCCUAUUAGAACAAGGAAAUGACUCGUGUAUCUGCAACUGUAUUACAGAUCCCACUUCUAUUGAUGUAUCUAUCCUAACAGCAAGCCAAAUAAAGUCAAUUGAAGAUCUUCAGCACUCCUCAAAUCUACCUUCAUAUAAAAGUACACAAGAAAAUACAAAUACCAAAGGAAAAGAUAAAAAUCUGUCAACAUCAUUACAAAUUUCGAGUACAUUACCGUAUCAAAUAUCCCAAAGCGAAAUUGGAAAUCAAUCGCAAUAUGUUCCUGCUUCGAGCACACUAUUCAGUGAUCUUAGCAAAAUUUCAAACACAGACAAAGAUCACCCAACAAAGAAUAUAUUUUCGAGUCAAAGUGUAAAUGAAGACAAAACUGCUAAAGAGGAUACAAGGACAAUGUCAAUUUCAAUCCCCGAAUCAAGUACAACAGCAAUCAGUUUACUUACAGUUUCAAGGGCAGUCUAUCAAACAAUCAAAGAGGAAUCCACGGAACUUCCAAAAUCUUUACCUCAAUUAACAACAGAAGAAAGCAGUUCUUUUCUAGAAUACAGUUCGGAAGAAAGUCAAAUAACAGAAGUGCCUUGGACACAAUCAAGUUCAAGAACAAAAAGUCAGAGUCAGACUGUAAAUGAAGACAAAACAUCUCAAGAAGACAGAAGGACACUAUCAACUUCUUUCCCAAAAUCAAGUACAGCAGCAAAUAGUUUACUUACAUAUUCGAGUGCAGAAGAGCAAACAAUUCGAGAGGAAACAUCGAAACUUUCAAAAUCUUUACCUCAAUUAACAACAGAAGAAAGCAGUUCAUUCCAAGAAUCCAGUGCGGAAGAAAAUCCAAUUACAGAAGUACCAUGGACACUAUCAACAUCACUUUCUCAAUCAAGUUCAAAAACAAAAAAUAUAUUUUCGAGUCAGACUGUAAAUGAAGACAACAUUUCUCAAGAAGAUACAAGGACACUAUCAACUUCUUUCCCACAAUCAAGUACAACAGCAAAUAGUUUACUUACAGUUUCAAGUGCAGAAGAGCAUACAAUUCAAGAAGAGACACCAGAACUUUCAAAAGCUCUACCUCAAUCUACAAGAGGAGAAAUAAGUUCAUUUCAAGAACUCACAACAGAAGAAAGCAGUUCAUUUCAAGAAUCCAGUGCAGAAGAAAAUCAAAUGACAGAAGUGUCAUGGACACAAUCAAGUUCAAGAACAAAGAGUCAGAGUCAGAGUGUAAAUGAAGACAAAACAUCUCAAGAAGACAGAAGGACACUAUCAACUUCUUUCCCAAAAUCAAGUACAGCAGCAAAUAGUUUACUUACAUAUUCGAGUGCAGAAGAGCAAACAAUUCGAGAGGAAACAUCGGAACUUUCAAAACCUUUACCUCAAUUAACAACAGAAGAAAGCAGUUCAUUCCAAGAAUCCAGUGCGGAAGAAAAUCCAAUUACAGAAGUACCAUGGACACUAUCAACAUCACUUUCUCAAUCAAGUUCAAAAACAAAAAAUAUAUUUUCGAGUCAGACUGUAAAUUCAGACAACAUUUCUCAAGAAGAUACAAGAACACUAUCAACUUCUUUCCCACAAUCAAGUACAACAGCAAAUAGUGUACUUACAGUUUCGAGGUCAGAAGAGCAAUCAUCGGAGUUUUCAUCUUUAAUUAUGAUAGAGCCAAUAACGAGCAGUAAAGUAACUACAGAUAAUGUUUGCGAAUGCACUUGCCUAUUAGAACAAGGAAAUGACUCGUGUAUCUGCAACUGUAUUACAGAUCCCACUUCUAUUGAUGUAUCUAUCCUAACAGCAAGCCAAAUAAAGUCAAUCGAAGAUCUUCAGCACUCCUCAAAUCUACCUUCAUAUAAAAGUACACAAGAAAAUACAAAUACCAAAGGAAAAGAUAAAAAUCUGUCAACAUCAUUACAAAUUUCGAGUACAUUACCGUAUCAAAUAUCCCAAAGCGAAAUUGGAAAUCAAUCGCAAUAUGUUCCUGCUUCGAGCACACUAUUCAGUGAUCUUAGCAAAAUUUCAAACACAGACAAAGAUCAGCCAACAAAGAAUAUAUUUUCGAGUCAAAGUGUAAAUGAAGACAAAACUGCUAGAGAGGAUACAAGGACAAUGUCAAUUUCAAUCCCCGAAUCAAGUACAACAGCAAUCAGUUUACUUACAAUUUCAAGGGCAGAAUAUCAAACAAUCAAAGAGGAAUCCACGGAACUUCCAAAAUCUUUACCUCAAUUAACAACAGAAGAAAGCAGUUCUUUUCUAGAAUACAGUUCGGAAGAAAGUCAAAUAACAGAAGUGCCUUGGACACAAUCAAGUUCAAGAACAAAAAGUCAGAGUCAGACUGUAAAUGAAGACAACAUUUCUCAAGAAGAUACAAGGACACUAUCAACUUCUUUCCCACAAUCAAGUACAACAGCAAAUAGUUUACUUACAGUUUCAAGUGCAGAAGAGCAUACAAUUCAAGAAGAGACACCAGAACUUUCAAAAGCUCUACCUCAAUCUACAAGAGGAGAAAUAAGUUCAUUUCAAGAACUCACAACAGAAGAAAGCAGUUCAUUUCAAAUGACAGAAGUGCCAUGGACACAAUCAAGUUCAAGAACAAAGAGUCAGAGUCAGAGUGUAAAUGAAGACAAAAUAUCUCAAGAAGACGCAAGGACACUAUCAACUUCUUUCCCACAAUCAAGUACAGCAGCAAAUAGUUUACUUACAUAUUCGAGUGCAGAAGAGCAAACAAUUCGAGAGGAAACAUCGGAACUGUCAAAAUCUUUACCUCAAUUAACAACAGAAGAAAGCAGUUCAUUCCAAGAAUCCAGUGCGGAAGAAAAUCCAAUUACAGAAGUACCAUGGACACUAUCAACAUCACUUUCUCAAUCAAGUUCAAAAACAAAAAAUAUAUUUUCGAGUCAGACUGUAAAUGAAGACAACAUUUCUCAAGAAGAUACAAGGACACUAUCAACUUCUUUCCCACAAUCAAGUACAACAGCAAAUAGAUUACUUACAGUUUCAAGUGCAGAAGAGCAUACAAUUCAAGAAGAGACACCAGAACUUUCAGAAGCUCAACCUCAAUCUACAAGAGGAGAAAUAAGUUCAUUUCAAGAACUCACAACAGAAGAAAGCAGUUCAUUUCAAGAAUCCAGUGCAGAAGAAAAUCAAAUGACAGAAGUGCCAUGGACACAAUCAAGUUCAAGAACAAAGAGUCAGAGUCAGAGUGUAAAUGAAGACAAAACAUCUCAAGAAGAUACAAGGACGGUAUCGAUUUCUCAAUCAAAAACAACAACAAAUAGUUUACUUACAGAUUUGAGUGCAGAAGAUCAAACAAAGCAAGAGGAAAUAUCGGAACUUUCAAAAUCUUUACCUCAACUUAAAACAGAAGAAAGCAGUUCUUUUCAAGAAUCCAGUUCGGAAGAAAGUCAAAUAACAGAAGUGCCUUGGACACAAUCAAGUUCAAGAACAAAAAGUCAGAGUCAGAGUGUAAAUGAAGACAAAACAUCUCAAGAAGACACAAGGACACUAUCAACUUCUUUCCCAAAAUCAAGUACAGCAGCAAAUAGUUUACUUACAUAUUCGAGUGCAGAAGAGCAAACAAUUCGAGAGGAAACAUCGGAACUUUCAAAAUCUUUACCUCAAUUAACAACAGAAGAAAGCAGUUCAUUCCAAGAAUCCAGUGCGGAAGAAAAUCCAAUUACAGAAGUACCAUGGACACUAUCAACAUCACUUUCUCAAUCAAGUUCAAAAACAAAAAAUAUAUUUUCGAGUCAGACUGUAAAUUCAGACAACAUUUCUCAAGAAGAUACAAGAACACUAUCAACUUCUUUCCCACAAUCAAGUACAACAGCAAAUAGUGUACUUACAGUUUCGAGUACACAAGAAAAUACAAAUACCAAAGGAAAAGAUAAAAAUCUGUCAACAUCAUUACAAAUUUCGAGUACAUUACCGUAUCAAAUAUCCCAAAGCGAAAUUGGAAAUCAAUCGCAAUAUGUUCCUGCUUCGAGCACACUAUUCAGUGAUCUUAGCAAAAUUUCAAACACAGACAAAGAUCACCCAACAAAGAAUAUAUUUUCGAGUCAAAGUGUAAAUGAAGACAAAACUGCUAAAGAGGAUACAAGGACAAUGUCAAUUUCAAUCCCCGAAUCAAGUACAACAGCAAUCAGUUUACUUACAGUUUCAAGGGCAGUCUAUCAAACAAUCAAAGAGGAAUCCACGGAACUUCCAAAAUCUUUACCUCAAUUAACAACAGAAGAAAGCAGUUCUUUUCUAGAAUACAGUUCGGAAGAAAGUCAAAUAACAGAAGUGCCUUGGACACAAUCAAGUUCAAGAACAAAAAGUCAGAGUCAGACUGUAAAUGAAGACAAAACAUCUCAAGAAGACAGAAGGACACUAUCAACUUCUUUCCCAAAAUCAAGUACAGCAGCAAAUAGUUUACUUACAUAUUCGAGUGCAGAAGAGCAAACAAUUCGAGAGGAAACAUCGAAACUUUCAAAAUCUUUACCUCAAUUAACAACAGAAGAAAGCAGUUCAUUCCAAGAAUCCAGUGCGGAAGAAAAUCCAAUUACAGAAGUACCAUGGACACUAUCAACAUCACUUUCUCAAUCAAGUUCAAAAACAAAAAAUAUAUUUUCGAGUCAGACUGUAAAUGAAGACAACAUUUCUCAAGAAGAUACAAGGACACUAUCAACUUCUUUCCCACAAUCAAGUACAACAGCAAAUAGUUUACUUACAGUUUCAAGUGCAGAAGAGCAUACAAUUCAAGAAGAGACACCAGAACUUUCAAAAGCUCUACCUCAAUCUACAAGAGGAGAAAUAAGUUCAUUUCAAGAACUCACAACAGAAGAAAGCAGUUCAUUUCAAAUGACAGAAGUGCCAUGGACACAAUCAAGUUCAAGAACAAAGAGUCAGAGUCAGAGUGUAAAUGAAGACAAAACAUCUCAAGAAGACGCAAGGACACUAUCAACUUCUUUCCCACAAUUAAGUACAACAGCAAAUAGUUUACUUACAGUUUCAAGUGCAGAAGAGCAUACAAUUCAAGAAGAGACACCAGAACUUUCAAAAGCUCUACCUCAAUCUACAAGAGGAGAAAUAAGUUCAUUUCAAGAACUCACAACAGAAGAAAGCAGUUCAUUUCAAGAAUCCAGUGCAGAAGAAAAUCAAAUGACAGAAGUGUCAUGGACACAAUCAAGUUCAAGAACAAAGAGUCAGAGUCAGAGUGUAAAUGAAGACAAAACAUCUCAAGAAGACAGAAGGACACUAUCAACUUCUUUCCCAAAAUCAAGUACAGCAGCAAAUAGUUUACUUACAUAUUCGAGUGCAGAAGAGCAAACAAUUCGAGAGGAAACAUCGGAACUUUCAAAACCUUUACCUCAAUUAACAACAGAAGAAAGCAGUUCAUUCCAAGAAUCCAGUGCGGAAGAAAAUCCAAUUACAGAAGUACCAUGGACACUAUCAACAUCACUUUCUCAAUCAAGUUCAAAAACAAAAAAUAUAUUUUCGAGUCAGACUGUAAAUUCAGACAACAUUUCUCAAGAAGAUACAAGAACACUAUCAACUUCUUUCCCACAAUCAAGUACAACAGCAAAUAGUGUACUUACAGUUUCGAGGUCAGAAGAGCAAUCAUCGGAGUUUUCAUCUUUAAUUAUGAUAGAGCCAAUAACGAGCAGUAAAGUAACUACAGAUAAUGUUUGCGAAUGCACUUGCCUAUUAGAACAAGGAAAUGACUCGUGUAUCUGCAACUGUAUUACAGAUCCCACUUCUAUUGAUGUAUCUAUCCUAACAGCAAGCCAAAUAAAGUCAAUCGAAGAUCUUCAGCACUCCUCAAAUCUACCUUCAUAUAAAAGUACACAAGAAAAUACAAAUACCAAAGGAAAAGAUAAAAAUCUGUCAACAUCAUUACAAAUUUCGAGUACAUUACCGUAUCAAAUAUCCCAAAGCGAAAUUGGAAAUCAAUCGCAAUAUGUUCCUGCUUCGAGCACACUAUUCAGUGAUCUUAGCAAAAUUUCAAACACAGACAAAGAUCAGCCAACAAAGAAUAUAUUUUCGAGUCAAAGUGUAAAUGAAGACAAAACUGCUAGAGAGGAUACAAGGACAAUGUCAAUUUCAAUCCCCGAAUCAAGUACAACAGCAAUCAGUUUACUUACAAUUUCAAGGGCAGAAUAUCAAACAAUCAAAGAGGAAUCCACGGAACUUCCAAAAUCUUUACCUCAAUUAACAACAGAAGAAAGCAGUUCUUUUCUAGAAUACAGUUCGGAAGAAAGUCAAAUAACAGAAGUGCCUUGGACACAAUCAAGUUCAAGAACAAAAAGUCAGAGUCAGACUGUAAAUGAAGACAACAUUUCUCAAGAAGAUACAAGGACACUAUCAACUUCUUUCCCACAAUCAAGUACAACAGCAAAUAGUUUACUUACAGUUUCAAGUGCAGAAGAGCAUACAAUUCAAGAAGAGACACCAGAACUUUCAAAAGCUCUACCUCAAUCUACAAGAGGAGAAAUAAGUUCAUUUCAAGAACUCACAACAGAAGAAAGCAGUUCAUUUCAAAUGACAGAAGUGCCAUGGACACAAUCAAGUUCAAGAACAAAGAGUCAGAGUCAGAGUGUAAAUGAAGACAAAAUAUCUCAAGAAGACGCAAGGACACUAUCAACUUCUUUCCCACAAUCAAGUACAGCAGCAAAUAGUUUACUUACAUAUUCGAGUGCAGAAGAGCAAACAAUUCGAGAGGAAACAUCGGAACUGUCAAAAUCUUUACCUCAAUUAACAACAGAAGAAAGCAGUUCAUUCCAAGAAUCCAGUGCGGAAGAAAAUCCAAUUACAGAAGUACCAUGGACACUAUCAACAUCACUUUCUCAAUCAAGUUCAAAAACAAAAAAUAUAUUUUCGAGUCAGACUGUAAAUGAAGACAACAUUUCUCAAGAAGAUACAAGGACACUAUCAACUUCUUUCCCACAAUCAAGUACAACAGCAAAUAGAUUACUUACAGUUUCAAGUGCAGAAGAGCAUACAAUUCAAGAAGAGACACCAGAACUUUCAGAAGCUCAACCUCAAUCUACAAGAGGAGAAAUAAGUUCAUUUCAAGAACUCACAACAGAAGAAAGCAGUUCAUUUCAAGAAUCCAUUGCAGAAGAAAAUCAAAUGACAGAAGUGCCAUGGACACAAUCAAGUUCAAGAACAAAGAGUCAGAGUCAGAGUGUAAAUGAAGACAAAACAUCUCAAGAAGAUACAAGGACGGUAUCGAUUUCUCAAUCAAAAACAACAACAAAUAGUUUACUUACAGAUUUGAGUGCAGAAGAUCAAACAAAGCAAGAGGAAAUAUCGGAACUUUCAAAAUCUUUACCUCAACUUAAAACAGAAGAAAGCAGUUCUUUUCAAGAAUCCAGUUCGGAAGAAAGUCAAAUAACAGAAGUGCCUUGGACACAAUCAAGUUCAAGAACAAAAAGUCAGAGUCAGAGUGUAAAUGAAGACAAAACAUCUCAAGAAGACACAAGGACACUAUCAACUUCUUUCCCAAAAUCAAGUACAGCAGCAAAUAGUUUACUUACAUAUUCGAGUGCAGAAGAGCAAACAAUUCGAGAGGAAACAUCGGAACUUUCAAAAUCUUUACCUCAAUUAACAACAGAAGAAAGCAGUUCAUUCCAAGAAUCCAGUGCGGAAGAAAAUCCAAUUACAGAAGUACCAUGGACACUAUCAACAUCACUUUCUCAAUCAAGUUCAAAAACAAAAAAUAUAUUUUCGAGUCAGACUGUAAAUUCAGACAACAUUUCUCAAGAAGAUACAAGAACACUAUCAACUUCUUUCCCACAAUCAAGUACAACAGCAAAUAGUGUACUUACAGUUUCGAGGUCAGAAGAGCAAUCAUCGGAGUUUUCAUCUUUAAUUAUGAUAGAGCCAAUAACGAGCAGUAAAGUAACUACAGAUAAUGUUUGCGAAUGCACUUGCCUAUUAGAACAAGGAAAUGACUCGUGUAUCUGCAACUGUAUUACAGAUCCCACUUCUAUUGAUGUAUCUAUCCUAACAGCAAGCCAAAUAAAGUCAAUCGAAGAUCUUCAGCACUCCUCAAAUCUACCUUCAUAUAAAAGUACACAAGAAAAUACAAAUACCAAAGGAAAAGAUAAAAAUCUGUCAACAUCAUUACAAAUUUCGAGUACAUUACCGUAUCAAAUAUCCCAAAGCGAAAUUGGAAAUCAAUCGCAAUAUGUUCCUGCUUCGAGCACACUAUUCAGUGAUCUUAGCAAAAUUUCAAACACAGACAAAGAUCAGCCAACAAAGAAUAUAUUUUCGAGUCAAAGUGUAAAUGAAGACAAAACUGCUAGAGAGGAUACAAGGACAAUGUCAAUUUCAAUCCCCGAAUCAAGUACAACAGCAAUCAGUUUACUUACAAUUUCAAGGGCAGAAUAUCAAACAAUCAAAGAGGAAUCCACGGAACUUCCAAAAUCUUUACCUCAAUUAACAACAGAAGAAAGCAGUUCUUUUCUAGAAUACAGUUCGGAAGAAAGUCAAAUAACAGAAGUGCCUUGGACACAAUCAAGUUCAAGAACAAAAAGUCAGAGUCAGACUGUAAAUGAAGACAACAUUUCUCAAGAAGAUACAAGGACACUAUCAACUUCUUUCCCACAAUCAAGUACAACAGCAAAUAGUUUACUUACAGUUUCAAGUGCAGAAGAGCAUACAAUUCAAGAAGAGACACCAGAACUUUCAAAAGCUCUACCUCAAUCUACAAGAGGAGAAAUAAGUUCAUUUCAAGAACUCACAACAGAAGAAAGCAGUUCAUUUCAAAUGACAGAAGUGCCAUGGACACAAUCAAGUUCAAGAACAAAGAGUCAGAGUCAGAGUGUAAAUGAAGACAAAAUAUCUCAAGAAGACGCAAGGACACUAUCAACUUCUUUCCCACAAUCAAGUACAGCAGCAAAUAGUUUACUUACAUAUUCGAGUGCAGAAGAGCAAACAAUUCGAGAGGAAACAUCGGAACUGUCAAAAUCUUUACCUCAAUUAACAACAGAAGAAAGCAGUUCAUUCCAAGAAUCCAGUGCGGAAGAAAAUCCAAUUACAGAAGUACCAUGGACACUAUCAACAUCACUUUCUCAAUCAAGUUCAAAAACAAAAAAUAUAUUUUCGAGUCAGACUGUAAAUGAAGACAACAUUUCUCAAGAAGAUACAAGGACACUAUCAACUUCUUUCCCACAAUCAAGUACAACAGCAAAUAGAUUACUUACAGUUUCAAGUGCAGAAGAGCAUACAAUUCAAGAAGAGACACCAGAACUUUCAGAAGCUCAACCUCAAUCUACAAGAGGAGAAAUAAGUUCAUUUCAAGAACUCACAACAGAAGAAAGCAGUUCAUUUCAAGAAUCCAGUGCAGAAGAAAAUCAAAUGACAGAAGUGCCAUGGACACAAUCAAGUUCAAGAACAAAGAGUCAGAGUCAGAGUGUAAAUGAAGACAAAACAUCUCAAGAAGAUACAAGGACGGUAUCGAUUUCUCAAUCAAAAACAACAACAAAUAGUUUACUUACAGAUUUGAGUGCAGAAGAUCAAACAAAGCAAGAGGAAAUAUCGGAACUUUCAAAAUCUUUACCUCAACUUAAAACAGAAGAAAGCAGUUCUGUUCUAGAAUCCAGUUCGGAAGAAAGUCAAAUAACAGAAGUGCCUUGGACACAAUCAAGUUCAAGAACAAAAAGUCAGAGUCAGAGUGUAAAUGAAGACAAAAUAUCUCAAGACACAAGGACACUAUCAACUUCUUUCCCAAAAUCAAGUACAGCAGCAAAUAGUUUACUAACAUAUUCGAGUGCAGAAGAGCAAACAAUUCGAGAGGAAACAUCGGAACUUUCAAAAUCUUUACCUCAAUUAACAACAGAAGAAAGCAGUUCAUUCCAAGAAUCCAGUGCGGAAGAAAAUCCAAUUACAGAAGUACCAUGGACACUAUCAACAUCACUUUCUCAAUCAAGUUCAAAAACAAAAAAUAUAUUUUCGAGUCAGACUGUAAAUGAAGACAACAUUUCUCAAGAAGAUACAAGGAUUCUAUCAACUUCUUUCCCACAAUCAAGUACAACAGCAAAUAGUUUACUUACAGUUUCAAGUGCAGAAGAGCAUACAAUUCAAGAAGAGACAUCAGAACUUUCAAAAGCUCUACCUCAAUCUACAAGAGGAGAAAUAAGUUCAUUUCAAGAACUCACAACAGAAGAAAGCAGUUCAUUUCAAGAAUCCAGUGCAGAAGAAAAUCAAAUGACAGAAGUGACAUGGACACAAUCAAGUUCAAGAACAAAAAGUCAGAGUCAGAGUGUAAAUGAAGACAAAAUAUCUCAAGAAGACGCAAGGACACUAUCAACUUCUUUCCCACAAUCAAGUACAGCAGCAAAUAGUUUACUUACAUAUUCGAAUGCAGAAGAGCAAACAAUUCGAGAGGAAACAUCGGAACUGUCAAAAUCUUUACCUCAAUUAACAACAGAAGAAAGCAGUUCAUUCCAAGAAUCCAGUGCGGAAGAAAAUCCAAUUACAGAAGUACCAUGGACACUAUCAACAUCACUUUCUCAAUCAAGUUCAAAAACAAAAAAUAUAUUUUCGAGUCAGACUGUAAAUGAAGACAACAUUUCUCAAGAAGAUACAAGGACACUAUCAACUUCUUUCCCACAAUCAAGUACAACAGCAAAUAGUUUACUUACAGUUUCAAGUGCAGAAGAGCAUACAAUUCAAGAAGAGACACCAGAACUUUCAAAAGCUCUACCUCAAUCUACAAGAGGAGAAAUAAGUUCAUUUCAAGAACUCACAACAGAAGAAAGCAGUUCAUUUCAAGAAUCCAGUGCAGAAGAAAAUCAAAUGACAGAAGUGCCAUGGACACAAUCAAGUUCAAGAACAAAGAGUCAGAGUCAGAGUGUAAAUGAAGACAAAACAUCUCAUGAAGACGCAAGGACACUAUCAACUUCUUUUCCACAAUCAAGUACAGCAGCAAAUAGUUUACUUACAUAUUCGAGUGCAGAAGAGCAAACAAUUCGAGAGGAAACAUCGGAACUGUCAAAAUCUUUACCUCAAUUAACAACAGAAGAAAGCAGUUCAUUCCAAGAAUCCAGUGCGGAAGAAAAUCCAAUUACAGAAGUACCAUGGACACUAUCAACAUCACUUUCUCAAUCAAGUUCAAAAACAAAAAAUAUAUUUUCGAGUCAGACUGUAAGUGAAGACAACAUUUCUCAAGAAGGUACAAGAACACUAUCAACUUCUCUCCCACAAUCAAGAACAACAGCAAAUAGUUUACUUACAGUUUCAAGUGCAGAAGAGCAUACAGUUCAAGAAGAGACAUUAGAACUUUCAAAAGCUCUACCUCAAUAUACAAGAGGAGAAAUAAGUUCAUUUCAAGAACUCACAACAGAAGAAAGCAGUUCAUUUCAAGAAUCCAGUGCAGAAGAAAAUCAAAUGACAGAAGUGCCAUGGACACAAUCAAGUUCAAGAACAAAGAGUCAGAGUCAGAGUGUAAAUGAAGACAAAACAUCUCAAGAAGAUACAAGGACGGUAUCGAUUUCUCAAUCAAAAACAACAACAAAUAGUUUACUUACAGAUUUGAGUGCAGAAGAUCAAACAAAGCAAGAGGAAAUAUCGGAUCUUUCAAAAUCUUUACCUCAACUUAAAACAGAAGAAAGCAGUUCUGUUCUAGAAUCCAGUUCGGAAGAAAGUCAAAUAACAGAAGUGCCUUGGACACAAUCAAGUUCAAGAACAAAAAGUCAGAGUCAGAGUGUAAAUGAAGACAAAAUAUCUCAAGACACAAGGACACUAUCAACUUCUUUCCCAAAAUCAAGUACAGCAGCAAAUAGUUUACUAACAUAUUCGAGUGCAGAAGAGCAAACAAUUCGAGAGGAAACAUCGGAACUUUCAAAAUCUUUACCUCAAUUAACAACAGAAGAAAGCAGUUCAUUCCAAGAAUCCAGUGCGGAAGAAAAUCCAAUUACAGAAGUACCAUGGACACUAUCAACAUCACUUUCUCAAUCAAGUUCAAAAACAAAAAAUAUAUUUUCGAGUCAGACUGUAAAUGAAGACAACAUUUCUCAAGAAGAUACAAGGACACUAUCAACUUCUUUCCCACAAUCAAGUACAACAGCAAAUAGUUUACUUACAGUUUCAAGUGCAGAAGAGCAUACAAUUCAAGAAGAGACACCAGAACUUUCAAAAGCUCUACCUCAAUCUACAAGAGGAGAAAUAAGUUCAUUUCAAGAACUCACAACAGAAGAAAGCAGUUCAUUUCAAAUGACAGAAGUGCCAUGGACACAAUCAAGUUCAAGAACAAAGAGUCAGAGUCAGAGUGUAAAUGAAGACAAAACAUCUCAUGAAGACGCAAGGACACUAUCAACUUCUUUUCCACAAUCAAGUACAGCAGCAAAUAGUUUACUUACAUAUUCGAGUGCAGAAGAGCAAACAAUUCGAGAGGAAACAUCGGAACUGUCAAAAUCUUUACCUCAAUUAACAACAGAAGAAAGCAGUUCAUUCCAAGAAUCCAGUGCGGAAGAAAAUCCAAUUACAGAAGUACCAUGGACACUAUCAACAUCACUUUCUCAAUCAAGUUCAAAAACAAAAAAUAUAUUUUCGAGUCAGACUGUAAGUGAAGACAACAUUUCUCAAGAAGGUACAAGAACACUAUCAACUUCUCUCCCACAAUCAAGAACAACAGCAAAUAGUUUACUUACAGUUUCACGUGCAGAAGAGCAUACAGUUCAAGAAGAGACACCAGAACUUUCAAAAGCUCUACCUCAAUAUACAAGAGGAGAAAUAAGUUCAUUUCAAGAACUCACAACAGAAGAAAGCAGUUCAUUUCAAGAAUCCAGUGCAGAAAAAAAUCAAAUGACAGAAGUGCCAUGGACACAAUCAAGUUCAAGAACAAAGAGUCAGAGUCAGAGUGUAAAUGAAGACAAAACAUCUCAAGAAGAUACAAGGACGGUAUCGAUUUCUCAAUCAAAAACAACAACAAAUAGUUUACUUACAGAUUUGAGUGCAGAAGAUCAAACAAAGCAAGAGGAAAUAUCGGAUCUUUCAAAAUCUUUACCUCAACUUAAAACAGAAGAAAGCAGUUCUGUUCUAGAAUCCAGUUCGGAAGAAAGUCAAAUAACAGAAGUGCCUUGGACACAAUCAAGUUCAAGAACAAAAAGUCAGAGUCAGAGUGUAAAUGAAGACAAAAUAUCUCAAGACACAAGGACACUAUCAACUUCUUUCCCAAAAUCAAGUACAGCAGCAAAUAGUUUACUAACAUAUUCGAGUGCAGAAGAGCAAACAAUUCGAGAGGAAACAUCGGAACUUUCAAAAUCUUUACCUCAAUUAACAACAGAAGAAAGCAGUUCAUUCCAAGAAUCCAGUGCGGAAGAAAAUCCAAUUACAGAAGUACCAUGGACACUAUCAACAUCACUUUCUCAAUCAAGUUCAAAAACAAAAAAUAUAUUUUCGAGUCAGACUGUAAAUGAAAACAACAUUUCUCAAGAAGAUACAAGGACACUAUCAACUUCUUUCCCACAAUCAAGUACAACAGCAAAUAGGUUACUUACACUUUCAAGUGCAGGAGAGCAUACAAUUCAAGAAGAGACACCAGAACUUUCAAAAGCUCUACCUCAAUCUACAAGAGGAGAAAUAAGUUCAUUUCAAGAAUUCACAACAGAAGAAAGCAGUUCAUUUCAAGAAUCCAGUGCAGAAGAAAAUCAAAUGACAGAAGUGCCAUGGACACAAUCAAGUUCAAGAACAAAGAGUCAGAGUCAGAGUGUAAAUGAAGACAAAACAUCUCAAGAGAAUACAAGGACACUAUCGAUUUCUCAAUCAAGAACAAUAACAAAUAGUUUACGUACAGAUUUAAGUUCAGAAGGUCAAACAAUUAAAGUGGAAACAUCAGAACUUGCAAGAUCUGUACCUAACUUAAAAAGAGAAGAAAGCAGUUCAUUUCAAGAAUCUAGUGCAGAACAAAAUGAAAUGACAGAAGUUACAUUGACACUAUCAACUUCACUUCCUCAAUCAAGUGCAAAAACUAUAAAAAUAUAUUCGAGUCAGAGUCUAAAUGAAGUAUCUUCUCAAGAAGAUACCAGGACACUAUCAAUUUCAAUCCCCGAAUCAAGUACAACAGCAAUUAGUUUACUUACAGUUUCGAGGGCAGAAUAUCAAACAAUUAAAGAGAACACCACGGAACUUUCAAAAUCUUUACCUCAGUUAACAACAGAAAAAAGCAAAUCAUUUCAAGAAUCUAGUUCAGAACAAAAUGAAAUGACAAAAGUGUCAUGGACACUAUCAACUUCACUUCCUCGAUCAAGCUUAAAUACUAUAACAACUACUGAGACUUCCGAGCAACCGCUUUGUUUGUGUACUUGCGUAAUUGAUCCUGAUGAGGAUAUUUGCUCGUGUAAUUGCAAAAUAAAAAAAAGUAUACCGACAGGAAGAACUACCUUACAGCAUUCUCAGUGGGAUGGUUCCUCUACGAAGCCGCUCGAGCUUAAUAGGACACAAAACCUAACAACUGCUGACACUACACAAAACUCUACAACCAUCAGACUGUUGUCUAAGGAACCCACACAACCCCAUACAUUUUCGAAGUUAAGCACCACACAAAUUAUUACUGAAAAGAGCACAUCCAAUAAUUUAUCGGUGCAUUCUUAUAUUGAUAAGUCAACAAUAUCAACUGAGCCAUAUUCUGAUACGAAAACUUCCACGUACUCCACAUCCGUCGGAGUUUUGUCUGAGGAAAGUUCAAAGUUAACCAAACAAAAUAUAACCGAGGAGAGCACAACUAAUAUAUUAUCGUUGUCUUCUAAUAUUUCUACGUCAACAACAUUAACUCAGCCACAUUCUUAUACGGACAAAACAGAAACAAUACGAAACCAAACAACUGCUGGCCACACUACGCAGAACUCUACAACCGUCGGACUUUUGUCUAAGGAACCCACACAAACCCUUACAUUUUCGAAGUUAAGCACCACACAAAUUAUUACUGAAAAGAGGACAUCCAAUAAUUUAUCGGUGCAUUCUUAUAUUGAUAAGUCAACAAUAUCAACUGAGCCAUAUUCUGAUACGAAAACUUCCACGUACUCCACAUCCGUCGGAGUUUUGUCUGAGGAAAGUUCAAAGUUAACCAAACAAAAUAUAACCGAGGAAAGCACAACUAAUAUAUUAUCGUUGUCUUCUAAUAUUUCUACGUCAACAACAUUAACUCAGCCACAUUCUUAUACGGACAAAACAGAAACAAUACGAAACCAAACAACUGCUGGCCACACUACGCCGAACUCUACAACCGUCGGACUUUUGUCUAAGGAACCCACACAACCCCUUACAUUUUCGAAGUUAAGCACCACACAAAUUAUUACUGAAAAGAGCACAUCCAAUAAUUUAUCGGUGCAUUCAACAAUAUCAACUGAGCCAUAUUCUGAUACGAAAACUUCCACGUACUCCACAUCCGUCGAAGUUUUGUCUGAGGAAAGUUCAAAGUUAACCAAACAAAAUAUAACCGAGGAAAGCACAACUAAUAUCUUAUCGGUGUCUUCUAAUAUUGCUACGUCAACAACAUUAAAUCAGACACGUUCUUAUACGGACAGAACAGAAACAACACGAAACCAAACAAGUGCAGAGCACACUUUCAAGUACUCUACAACUGUCGGAUUUUUGUCUGAGGAACCCACAAAUAAAACCUCUACAUUUUCAAAGUUAGAACCGACCGAGCACAUCAGCACCAAUAAAAAAUUUACUGAACAUGGCACAACCGAAUAUGUGAUAUCGCAAUCGAAUAAGACUUAUAGUGAUAGCCAAUUGAUCUCGACAACUGAAAGUGUUGAACUUACAGCAAGCUCACAGCCCACAGAUGUAAAUGUCUGGAAGGAAAUCGACAAAAGACUUGAUGACCUACAAAAUAAGUAUACGAUUCGAGAUAACAACUCUUUAGAUAAUUCUGAGUUUAAGGAAAAAUUUAGUCAGAUAAAUUCGUCGAUACAUUUGAAUCAACUUCCGGGUAAUAUUAGAGCUAGUCUGUAUGCAAAUUUCACGAUUUACGACAAGAUAAGAAUCGAACUGGAGGCCAUAAUUUUAUUUAAGCUCAACCAAAUUUUGGAAAAUAUGAACACAACGAAAUCGACUCCAGCAUGCAUUGAUCAUUAUAAAUACAUGGCCAAAAAUCUAUUAACGGGCUUGUCUAUGUCAAAUACUGAAAAGUGGAACAUAAUAAGAAAAAGUCACCUAAUAUGUCAUAUAACUCAGAAUAUAACAGUCACUAAACCAACAGAACCAGCCACCACUCAAACUUCCACAGUCUCAAAAACUAUGGGAGGAUUUGCUGCAUAUUAUUGUAAUCAACAGAUAAUGAAUUUAAUCGUUACAAAAUAUUCUCUGAGCCCAAACAAUGAAUCGAUUCCAAUUUCACCAAAGGACCCGUGCACUUCAAUACUACAAAAAAUUAGUCAAGCUCAUCAGCAUAAUGAUUCCAGUCACAGUGCGGAAUUCGACAGCAUAAUUGGAAAGAUAAACACAGCAAUCAAACAGAAUUGGACAACUAACAAAAAAGCGCUAUUAAUAAGGGAGUACUUGGAGUUUGAAAAAUUGCGAAAAUAUCUUGAUCAUAUUUUGGCUGGAAAAAUUGAAGAAUGCGAUAUGCGCCUUGCAGUAGUUAAAAGUAGAAAGUGUUGGAACUAUUACACAAAACUGAAGGUGAUGUUCCAUAAGGCAAUGCAAGAGACGAGUGCCAGAAAACAGUAUUUAAUAGGUAAUAUAUCAAUGGUAUGCAGUGAUAACAUCGUGUGAACAGAUAAUUUGUUAAUGUGAAAACAAAUAAAAUGGCUUAAGAAUUGAAAAUAGUAA